CGAACGCGCCCGCCGCCUCAGUCCAACGCUGGCCGCGGCUCCGACAUUCCCAAAACCAAACGUAAGCGCGGGACGAUACGUCAACGUUCACUUGGUAAGGGCACCGUACGGCAUUCGAAAUUCAAAAUUCCUAAUCUGGAACGCGCUCGUAAUAAGUGAAUGAACGUGCUAAAGUGACAGUGUGUAGUGUUCGUUUUUUCACCGACCCGUAUUUUACUGAGAUGCCAACGGUUUUGUGACACCGGAUUGACUCGACGCAAUCCGCGAUAUGUCGCAUCCCCCGGGCCGUGGGCGCGCACUCGCCCCUCCCACCGGCUCCCCCUCCCCCCUCCACUACCGACCCCCCUCACCAUGGGCUCCAAGCCCCCCACCUCUAAUCUCAGGUCCGAGACACUCAACAGCAAUAGUCUCACCUCCACCAGUACAACCAUCUCCAAAGCCAUUCAGGCCUCUGCACUCGCCGCAUUCUUUCCGUCCACAUUCGCCUUCACCAAGCUUCUCUAUUUCUCCCUAUCCGAUGUCUCCUACCUUGGGACAGAGCCCCGAGUACUACUAUCAGUCUCCGUAUGAGCCGGUUCGGGAAUAUGAUUACGCGGGAGUGCCUUUGGAGCCGCCGCCUCCUCCGAGGCCGAUGAUUUAUGAGGAGGACGAGGAGAGAGGCCCUUCCACUGCGGAGAUCAUAGCCAGCCAGUCGCAGGAGGGAUACGUAGAUGAGAAACUUGCGGAGUAUCAAGCCACCAUCCAGCUUUUGCAAGAUGAACAAGAAAGAGUACAAAAGAAAACAUUUGUCAAUUGGAUCAACUCACAUUUGUCGAAGCGCAUACCGCCAUUGCGCAUCGACGACCUGAUCUACGACUUGCGAGAUGGCACCAAACUGCUGGCGCUGCUCGAGGUGCUCUCGGGCGAGAAGCUGCCCAUGGAGCGCGGGCGGGUCCUCCGCAGACCACAUUUCCUCUCCAAUGCCAACACAGCUCUCCGCUUCCUCACCAGCAAACGCAUCAAACUCGUUAACAUCAACGCCGCUGACCUGGUGGACGGCAGGCCAGCUGUCGUCCUCGGUCUCAUCUGGACCAUCAUCCUCUACUUCCAGAUCGAGGAGAACAGUCGUGCGUUAGAGUACCUCGGAGGGUCGAGAUGUGCGUCGGUGAUGUCCCAGGAGUCAGGGGCCGCCACUCCGACUCAGAGGGCGGAGGACAGAUGGAAGCAGGGGGCGAGGAAGACGCUGUUACAGUGGGUGGCGAAUGCUUUGCCAAAGGACUCCAACAUACAAGUUACAGACUUCGGUCCAUCCUGGCGAGAUGGUAUCGCCUUCCUUGCUAUCAUCGACGCGAUCAAGGCUAACCUCAUCAAUUUAGCAGAGAUGAAGAGGAAGACAAACAGACAGCGGUUGGAGCACGCGUUUGAUGUUGCAGAGAAUGAACUUGGAAUCGCCAGAUUGUUGGAUGCUGAAGACGUAGAUGUUGAAAAACCAGAUGAGAGAUCCAUUAUGACAUAUGUGGCACAAUUCUUGCAUAAAUAUCCUGAACCCAAGACAACAGGACCAGAUGCGGUAGCAGCAGUACAAGAGGAGUACGAAUCUCUUAGAAUGUGGCUGACGGAGCGAGUCAGCACAGUACAAAGGCAAUACGACUCGCGAACGCUCUCGCGGAACUACGAAGAUUACAUCCGCGCCGAAAACGAACGGCUCGCUCGCGAACCGAUCUACCAGAAACUCGAAAAACUAAUGUACACGCAAAGCCUAGUUGCCAUAGCUCCAAAAUCAUGGAGAGAACUUGUAGCCUUAUGGAUAGAAUUAGAAAGAUUGCACAGAAGAUGGCUAUGGCUUCUAGAUUCAGAUCUGCCUGGGGAUUUCAGAGUAGUUGGAGAAUGGCUGGCGAGAGCCGAAUAUCUAUUAUACUUCGAUGAAAUCCCAACUAGUCUGGAUGAAAGAACCGCUGCUAUUAUAAGUGAAAAGCUAGAAGAGCAUAGCUCUUUCUUCGCUGGUCUGCCUGAAGUUGUUGACAGAUUUGAGGCAGCGUUAAGGUCUCCAGACGCCGCCAAGAUUCCUUCAGAACGACUCCACGAUAUGAAGGAGAGACUCGAGACUGUUAGUCGAAGAGCACCACAAAGAAAAGCCAGAUUAAAAUAUUUGGAGCAUAAAUGCUGUAUAGUCGCAUUUACUGAGUUGACAAAGGCUAAACUAGCCGCCUGGACUGGUAAAUAUGGUCGGAUAGACCAUGCCCGUGCCUUAUUAGAUGACUACGAUAAUUUUGUGACUAAGAAUAAGAUAUUCCAAGAGUUUGAUAGAGCGUACGUUGAUAUAAAGCAAGUGGCUGAGGAGUACAAGAGAGUGUGUGAAGUGGACAAAGCAGAAGCGAGGGAAAUUGAUUUGUUUUUGAGAGAUGUAUCGGAUACUUGGAGAAGAGUGGCAUCAGAUGUGAGGUGUGCUAGAAGUGUUCUUGAAGAAGUAAUUGCUCACUGGGAAAGAUGGAACACAUUGGCUGAUGACUUCACAUCUUGGUUAGAUAAAGCGCAGCAUAUGUUGAGAGUAUCAGAAGACGAGAGAUUGGAAUUCUUCCAAGACUUGACGGUGUGGAAAGAGAAACACCAAUUGUUGGGUGAUGCAGCAGGAUUCUUAGCUGCAACGUGUUCAGAAGACAUCAGUUCUGAAAUAAAAAGGAAAUAUGUGGAGAUAACAGAAAGAUGGGAACGUGUUUGGGAAGAAGCCGAGCGCUAUGUCCGUGGAGGAGACGCCCUCCGUCACAGACGCGAAUUGGCAUCAGGUAUUCAACAACUGGAUGGCUGGCUCAACGCGGCUGACAGUCUGCUGACUCAGCAACCACGAGCUAACACCAGUGACAUACAGACGUACAUCGACCAACUGCUGCAGCUCAACUCGGAGAUUGAAUAUCACGAGGAGCUCUUUAAAACUAUCAGCAGAACCUUCCAAACCGCAAUCGCCGAGCUACCCCGCGACGAAGUGGAAGCGAACAUGGCGAAGCUGAAACAACAGAAGGAGGCGUUGGUUAGAGUGAGAGCGACAGUGCCCGUGAAGCUACAUCAGUACAGGCAGUUGUUGGUCCAACACGAGUCACUGGAGAGUGGACAGAAGGAGAUCGGACAGUGGCUCGACAAGGCUGAUGAGACGUUGAAGAGCAGAGGCGAAACUAGACGCGAGGUGAUAGAAGAACGCUACGAGGUCCACCGCAGCUUCUUCUCGCGCACCACGUACUACCGAUCCAUGCUGGAGAGCAAGAACAAGGUCUUCCAGAACAUCGUCAAGUCAGCGGACACUGACAGGAGCGCUGACGUCACCGAGCAAGUGCGGCUCAUGAGGGAUCUCAAUGAGAGGUUCGCCCACGUAUCCUCUCAAGCCACACGCCGCGAGGCCGACCUCCAACGUCUAGUCCGAGCGUGGGAAGACUUUGAAGUCAAGAAGCGAACCGUAGAAGAAUGGGCUUCGAGAGCUGAAGCCUUGUUAGCUGAUAAUAGAGUGGAUUCUAAGCAGGCUGUCGAUUUCCAUAAGAGAUUCUUCCAAGGAGCUGAUGAGAGGGCCGUGGCGGAGCUGGUGAGGUCUGGACGCGAGCUUAUUGAACUCGUGAACGAGGAAGAUCGUCCGAAAGUGGUCCAAACGGUGGAGGAGCUGCAGCGCCGCUGGAGGGAACUGCUGGACCGCGCUCCCCCUCACCUGAUGAAGCUGGAGUUCAGACUCGAUGAGGCUGUGUUCCACCAUUGCAUUAAGGAUAUCGAGAAGGAAAUCGUUUAUGAGGAACAGGCUUACAACCAAAGUGACGACGCUGACGGAAUCCUUAUUAGGAAUGAGGAAUACUUCCGCAACCAGGGCAAGAUAAUGCAAGUUGAGCAUUGUCUUCAGAACCUUAAUAAGAUUGCCACAAGCUACACGCAUCAAACUGGAGACACAACCCUUGAAGAAGCCGUGAGGAAAUGUGAGCAGCAGUGGGAAAGCACUGUCCAUAGGGUCGAACACUUCAGACAGCAGUUGCAGAGGAUUCCAGCGAAGUGGGACGCCUAUAGAGAGAAGUUCAGGGAAAUGGAAAAGUGGAUGGACCACGUCGAUCAGACUAUGGAUAGUAUAGUCAGGGAAGUUGACUCUGCUGAGGCGUUUGAACGGGAGAAGACGAUUUUCCAGAAUAUCUGCCGUGAAGCUGAUAAAAAACGAGAAGACAUGAAAUGGCUUGUGCAAACUUUGGACAUGCUGUCAAACCAUUGCCCAGAAGUAGAAGCUCAAGAAGAACAAGUGAAACUAGAAAACCUUAUUGCCAGAUAUAAGAACCUAAUACCGACUAUUGAAAUCACAAUGAUCAAAACUGAGACGUAUACGCGAUGUUACACUUACCGUCGUGAAGUACACGAAGUUAUUUGCAUACUUGAGUCUGCUAAGCAACAGGCUUUGGUAGAACCUGAGCCUCAGAGCUUGCAACACGUAGAACAACUAGUUCUUGAACAACAAGCACAAGUACAGAAACUUGACCGCCAACGACCUUCUGUCAUGUCAAUGUUACAACGAGGUAAGGAGCUCAUCAAGGAUGCAAAUGCACCUGCCUUUGUCAGAGAAGACGUUAGGAAUCUUGAAUCUGGCUGGAAUACUGCUUACGAAUCUUCUACUGAUCGACUUCAUAAACUCCGGGAUACACAAAAAGUAUGGUCUAAUUACGAAUACCAGAAGGAAGAACUUAUGUCUGAUCUUGAUAAGAUUGAGAGCUACAUUGCUCACCCAGGGCUGGAACUUGGUGUCGGCAAUAUUGGUCGUGAACUGCAAGAAACCAAGAUCCUUAGUUCAGAUAUAGAAAAGGCUAAAUCUGAAAGACUUCCACAGUUGCAGAGUGCAUAUGCUGAGUUACAAACGCUUACUGCUAAUAAACCUAAACCAAUAAUAGAAAAGGAUUUGCAAACUAUUGAACAUAAAUUAGGAAGAGUUGAAGAUGAAGUACAGACUAAAGUAGUACAUUUAGAAAAAUUCAAUGAAGAAUGGGUGAAAAUUGAACAUAAAUUGGACCAUGUCCGUGAAUGGAUUAAAAAAGAAAGCCCUGCGUUGAUAUCACAGAUACAGUCUGAGAACAUCAGUCCAGAAGAACGUGUGGUGAAAUCCCAGGCAUUACAAAGUGUGAUUGCAGAAAAACUAAACGUAAUUAAAGGUGUUGCUGAUCAAGGUUCUAAAUUAGCUAUUGAGCAUAGAGUCCAAGAUGCAAAUAGAUUAAAAGGAGAAGUUGCAUUAUUAGAAAAAAUGAUGGCAGACUUACAACGAUCUACAGAACACCAAACUAAAGUUGUAGAGCAUGAUUUGGCUAGUUGGCAGCGGUACCAAAAAGGUGUAGCAGAAAUCAAACCAUGGAUUGAAGAAGCUGAAAUAAAAUUAGGAAAUGUUCCAAAACCAUCUACACUAUCUGAAGCUCAACAGUUACAACAACAAUCAAGAGCACUUCUCGGCGAUAGUGAUAAACAAUUAAUGAAUUUGCAAAUACUUUCUAGUGUUAGUCACCAAUUAUCAGGGAAGACAAGUGCACCUGACGAAGUCGACGCCAUUCAUUCUCGUUGGGCUGUAGUUCAUGAUUUAGCUGACCAGUGGAAUAAUAAACUGGAUAAAUUAGUCACCAAUUGGGAAAACUUUGAGCGUGAAGCAGCAAAAUUAGAAACUUGGAUUGAAAGUGGUGAAAAAUUGCUUAGCAGUCGCAACUUAUCCGUUGAAUCUCCACAAGUUGAAAAGCUAGAUCGGGAACUCAAUAAAUUAAAAUCGUUUGGAAAUGAAAUUUCUCAGCAGCAAGCUAAAAUUAUUAGUUUAUCACAAACUUGUGAUAACAUUUGUCAUAGUAUCCAACCGGAGGGCGCCACAAUUCUAAAGAACAAAGUGGCAGAUAUUAAACAACGCACAAAUGAUUUGGCUGAAACUGUCAGAUCUAAAGUAAAUGAACUAUCUGAUAAGAUAAUUGACAGACAAGAAUUUGUAACUAAACUACACAACUUCGAUAACUGGAUUACUGGUAUUAGGAGAAAGACUGAAAGCUAUGAUCAAAUUGCUGCGGAUAAGGUAGAGCCUACUUUACAAUCCAUGCAUGUUUUGCUACAAGAACAUGCUGCUAAGGCACCUGAGUUUACCGACAUAUACAACGAAAUUAAAAAUAUGACUCUUUCAUCUCAUCCUGAUGAAUCUCGAUCUCUAAGUGAAACGUAUUCCAAUAUUGCUCAUCAUUAUCAGAUCAUUGAAUCCAACAUACAACAGAACAAAGCUAUUCUACAGAAAUGGUCUGACUUAUUAAACUGGUACGAUGAUACAAAACAACAACUUGGUCAUAUUCAAUAUCAGAUUGAUGGGCCGAAACUUACGCCUGAAAGUUAUGAAAUAUUGAGGCAAGAGUUGGUCAAUAUUAUUACAAAAGUUCCAGAAUGGAAGAGUAAUGUUGCUUUAUUAGACGGACCCUCAAAGGUUAAAGUGACAGAUCAAAAUACUGGAAGAAUUAUGUCGCCUACUAGCUUAGUCAAAGAAAUAGAAAUGAAAGCCGAUACUUUAUUAAAUCAAGUUACAAACAAGAGAGAUCUCGUACAAAAAGUUGGAGCAAGAUGGGACAAAUUUAAUGUCCAACACAAUGCAUUAGCACAAGUUUUGCAUAGUAUUCAAUCCGCCCUUAAUGACAUGGCUCAAAAACCAGUACCUUUAACUGAGGCCACAAUCCAAGAUAUGACUGAACAAUUAGAUAAACUUGAUGCUGAAUUAAAAGAAAAACAAUCAGUAAGAAAGGAGUUAAGAGAAGAAGGACUGCAUUUAAUGCGAGAAGAUCAACCUAACAUGGGCACUAUCCAAAAUGCUCUUUCAACGGCAGAUAACAAUUGGGACCAAAUAGUAAACGUUGUUCGUGAUACAAAGAACAAAUACAUAUUGUUAUCUUCCACUUUGCAGGAGUUGAAGAAUUUCACUGUUGCUUUUGAUAGAGAAAAGGGAAGAGCAGAACAACUUUAUAAUGAAUCUAAAGAUGCACCCAGUGACUAUGUGCAGACAGCUCAGUCGUUAGAUAAAGCCAAAAAGUCAUAUGAAAUAUUGAAACGAUCAAAGGGGUUGCUCGACCAAAUGGAUGUUAUUAAACAAUCUAUAUUGAAACAAGCAUCAACAUUAGGUGGAUUUGAUACGAGUCCUCUCGAAGAAGCUUUCUUGGCAUCUCAAACCAAAUGGGAAAAAGUAAAUGAUGCUACAAUUAAGAGAAUACAAGAUUUGGAAUCACAAUUACAAGUGUGGCGACAGAUUGACGAUACGAAAAAUCAAGUCGUAACUUGGCUUAGUGAAACUGGUCAAAAUUUGGCAAAUGCCUGUGAUAACCUGGAAAUCAGAUUUGGUCAAAACCAUCUUACUAAAUAUAAAGAAGAAUUACCCAUCUAUUUGGGUUUAAAAAAUAGUAUCAAAGCCAAAUGUGAGCAAAUAAUUAACUUAAAUAAAAAUAUUCCAACUGGUCAAGUUUCUUCAAUUACAGAUUAUUUGGAUACUGAAUUUGCGGCCUUGCAGACUUUGGCAGAGAACUUGGAAAGCGCAGUGUCAUCUUUAGAAACAAAAGAAAAUAAACUGAAAGAGAACAUCAAGCAACUUUCAGAUAAAGUUAGUAAAAUACGUGAUGACAUUAUCAAAUGUGAUGAUAUGACAGGCGAUAAUGCAAAAAUAUUGGAUCGGUUGAAAAAGUGUCAAGCAUGUAAACUCGAACUCCAAAAUUUAAGUGAUGAUAUUGAUAAUUUAGCACAAAAUGUAUCUGAAAUGAAUGCUAACUAUCCAGGAUUCUACGAAUCGUUAGUGCCAAAAGAGUUAAGUACAUUACAAAAGAGAUUUGAAAGUGUACUCAUUCAUGCGAACAAAACUGAAACUACACUUCUUACGUUCUUACAAAAACUAUUUACUGAUAAACUUGCUAUGUUCAAUAGAAAUUUGAAAAUACUAGACGAUAAAACUAGAUGGUGUAUGCCUGAUGUUGGUAGUGACAAAUACAAUUUAGAAGUAAAGAAUGCAGCUUUACUUGACGUUGAAAACGGAAUAGCAGAAUGUGCAAGCAAAAUAAAAGAAUUGAAAGAAGCAAGUGAUAUUUUAAAAAUUGUUGCUGAACCAGUUUGCGCACAGGAAGCAGCUAUACAAACAGAAAAAGCCAAAAAGAAUUUAGACGUCUUGGCAGCUAAUUAUGAUGAAAUAAAGAACAGAUUAAGAGAAAACAUGGAUGCCUGGCAAGAAUACGAAGCGCUUUUAGAGAAUGUGUCUGAUUGGUUGAAAGAUAAAGAGAAUAAAGUCCGGCUUGAAGCUGCAAACUUAUUAAAUUUGAAUGAAAUUGAUGGAAAAAUUGCUGAAAUUGAUGGAUUAAAUAAAGAAGUAAAAGAAUAUCAAGGCGACAUAAAUAAACUUAGUGAAAUUGGGGAAAAAAUAUUAUCUCGUAAUCCAGAUUCAAGGGUAUUGCAAUAUAUUAAUCAUUUAGUAACUAGAUAUCAAACUGUUGGAAAAUUUAUGGACAAUCAUUUGCAACGAUUGAAAGACUUGAAAGAUAAUAAAGGAAAAUAUGAUAAGUCAAUAGCCGAGUUCAAAAACUGGCUUCAAGAUAAUAACAAUAAAAUAAAAGAUUUAGCUAUGAUGAGUAAACAUGCAAAACCAUCUCCAGCUGACCUGGAACAAGUCAAAAAAUUAAAUGAUAAUAAAGAAGUUGGACAAAGAUUACUAAAUAACGGCAUUGAAUCGGGUGAAGCAUUAUUUAGUGGAAUAACUCCUGAAGGUCGAGAAGAAGUGAGAAAUGAAUUAAGAACACUUAGAAAAUAUUUUGAAGAUUCGGUAGAUUCUCUUAAUAACGUCAUAAAAGAUAUAGAAACAACUAUAAACAAGAGAUCAUCAUUUGAUGAUACUUUCAAUCAAGUGCAAAAAUGGAUAGCUGACAAAGAAAAAGAGUUAGGUGAAUUCAAACUAUGCCCAACAUUACCUGAAAAGAAGGCGCAGUUGCAUGGUAAUAAAAUUUUGCACCAAGAAGUGGAUUUACACCAAUCGAUGCUUUCUCAGUUAACAGACAAAAUCAAGAUGAUGCCCGACGAAGAAGCUGAAAAGAGCCUAUCCAAAACGAUUGACAGAUAUAACAAUAUGUCAAAGGAACUAGAAAAAAGAGUUUCUGUAUGUGAAUCUCACGUAACGGAUCACGAAAAAUAUGUUCAAAUAUUUGAAGAUUGUCGAGACCGCCUAAAUCACAUUGUAGCCGAAAAUAGUAUAUUGAAUUACAGUGUAGUAACACAAAAGGAAGAUGUUGACGCUAAAAUUGCAGCUAUUGAGAAAGUUGCAACUAAAGGUAAAAAUAUCGAAAGUACACUGAAGACGUUAAAAAUACAGCUAGAUACUGUUUUAGAGACUACAAGUCCUAACGGCCAUCCAGUUCUCAUCAGUGAAUUCGAACAAUUAAAAACUACUUGGGACCAAUUUGCUACACAGUGUCAGGAGCAAGACAAAAAACUAAAAGAUACAUUAAAACAUUGGAAUGAGAGUCAAAAGACCUUAGAUGAACUUGAAGAAUGGUUGAAGGUUAAAGAAAAUCAAUUGAGAGACCAAAGCCUCAAAAGCAAUCUCGAAGCUAAAGUGGCUCACUUACAAAAGGUUAAGGAAAUACAAAGUGAAUUGGCGGCUAGAAGCUCUGACUUUGCUGCUUUAACUGACGGUAAACAAAAUGUUGCAAAUGAGUCUGAGCUAAGCAAUAAAACGUCAAAGCUUGCUACUCGAUACCACACCUUGAAUAAUUUAGUUAAUGAAACUAUAUCAAAAUAUGAAGUUUUCGUAUCUGAACAUCAAGAUUUUGAAAACGAAUACAAUAAUAUGGAGAAAUGGUUAAUAGGAAUGUUAAGUGAACUCCAAGAUUUGAAUGAAAUUGUUGGUGAUUAUGCUGUUUUACAAGAAAAACAAAAUAAAGCUAAGGAAUUAUAUGAAACUAGAAAUAAAAAGACUCCGGCGUUUGAAGAAUUCUUAAGUUUAGGUGAAAAAUUAUAUACACAUACAAGCCCAGAUGGCAGAGAAGUUAUCCGCCAGAAAAUUCGGAAAAUCAGAACUUUGUGGGAUAGUUUCGGAGAUAACUUCCAAGAAACUGUGAAUAAAUUAGAUCAGUGUUUGUUACAAUUUUCCGACUUUUCAUUAGCACAAGAACAACUAACAAAGUGGUUGAAAGACGUAGAAAGAGCAAUGCAAAAGCACACAGAAUUAAAAGCAUCGUUAGAAGAAAAGAAAGCCCAAUUGCAGAAUCACAAGAUAAUGCACCAAGAAAUCAUGACUCAUCAACAGCUUGUGGAAUCUGUUUGUGACAAAGCACAACAGUUGGUAGAUCAAACACAUGACGCUUCAUUAAAUGUUUAUCUGCAAUCUAUAAAACAACUUUUCCAAAAUAUUGUAACUAAAUCACAAAAUCUUCAAGACAACUUGGAAGAUUGUGUGAAGAGACACGAAGAUUUGGUUCGCCUUAUCCAACAAUACAAAGAAUGGCUUGGAUCUCAAUCAGAAAAACUUCUUGAUAUUGAAAGUUCAACUGGAGAAAAACCCGAAAUUAUUAGAAAACUUCAGUCUGCUGUAGCACUUAAAGAUAUUGAAAAAAUUGGUUCAAAUAAACUAGAUGAGAUACGUAAUGUUUUUGCUACUGUAAGCAAGAGCACUUCGGAAGCGGGUAAUGCCGUUAUAAAAACGGAGAUCGAUAACUUAUUAGAUCAACUACGUAACGCAGUUGGUAGUAUUGGAGCAUCAGAACAAAAAUUAAAACAUACGUUAGAUAUUUGGAAUAAGUUCGAUUACUCAAUAGAGCAUAUAUCUGACUGGCUAAAAGAUAUGGAAUCAAAGUGUCGCGAUCAAAGUCUUUGCUCAACGCUGCAAGAAAAAGAAGCUCAGUUGAAACGGUACGUAGAUCUACGUAACGAAAUUAAUGCAAAAGAAAAAGAAAUCGACGCGUUCGUAGAUGAAUCUCACAGCCUUAUUCAGUUGAGUGGCGUUGAUCGUUUAAAACCACUUGUGACACAAGUGAGUAGUCGUUACCAGCAAUUGCAUUUGAUUUCUAAGGAUAUAGUCAAUCACUGGUCAGAACUCGUUAUGGAUCAUAAAAAAUAUGCCCAAUUACGUAACGAAUUCGAUGCAUGGUUAAAGCCUUUAGAAGAACAAGUAUCUCAAAUGGUUACAAAAGAGGACAAAUUAAGUAUAGAGAGCAAGGGUAGUAAACUUCAAGUAUUCUUAAUGGAGAGAGAAAAUGGUGAGCAUAAAAUAAGUAUUUUAACGACUGCUGGUGAUAAAGUACUUCCUGAAACAGCUGCAAAUGGUAGAGAAAAUAUUCGCGGUGAAAUAAGAGCACUUAGAGAGAGAUGGGAUAAGCUCAAUGAUACAAUACUACAACAGCAAAAAGAAUAUGAAUCUCAAACUCUGCAGUGGUCAAGUUACCAAGAUGUUCUGCAGCAAACUCUAUCAUGGUUGGAUGAGAAAGAAAAGAUUGUAGAAUCUGAAGAAAAAGCAGUGUUAAAUUCAGCUCAGGAAAUCAAGUCCAAAUUACUGAAAAACAAAACAUUACUGCAGGAAAUUUGUUCUCAUAAGAGAGUUAUUGAAACCGUUACUGAAAAGGCAAAGAAUGUAGCAGCCACCUUACAUUCAGGUAAAAGUGAAAAUGACGAAAUGUCUGCGAUCAUACAAUCAGUAUGGGAUAGAUAUAACGCGUUAACUAAUCGUCUCACUAUUAUUAUCGAUAAACAUGAAAGUACUUUUGAGAUAUACCAACAGUUCACUGACCAACAGAAAUCAUUACAAGAUUACCAAAAGCACUUGUGGGAUCGUUUGCAUCUUUUAUCUGAUUUUACUGGAAAUAAAACAGCUCUUCAGGGAAAGCUUGGUAAAAUCCAAGAAUUACUGGAUGCUAUUCCUACGGGCAAUAAUAAAUUAAAAAUAUUGUCAGACUUGAUUGAUAAUAAUUCUUCAAAGUUAUCACCACGAGGCAAAGAAGCUAUGUCAAGGGAACUAGCUCUACUGAGAGCUGACUUGGAAAAAUUCACAGCUACUGUUCACGAUGUAAAACGCGGAAUCGAAGACAAGAUACAGCAAUGGAUAGAAUUUGAUAGUGCUAAUGACCGUCUGCAGCAUUGGUUGAGUGAUACAGAGAUGAGUUUGAAAACGUACACUCCAAAAGCAACAUUAGAAGAAAAGGUUGAUCAGCUCAAUAAGUACCAGGAUUUAUGUAAAGCGAUUGAUAAUCAUGACAAUGAUAUGAGCGCACUCAUAAGAUUGGGAGAAGCUUUGGAUCAAGCUAUUUUAGCAAACUUAAAGAAGACCGAAAACGAUGUCGAUAAAAUAACAGACGAGUUCAGUGACUUGAUUGAAAAUUGUAAUGAUACAAGAAUUACAAUGAAUUUACAACAAAUGACAUCACGCUUCCAAUCAGUUCAAUCAACGGCAAAAGAACUCGUCAAGAAAUGUGAGCAAGCUGUCAAUGAUCAUAAUGCUUAUCAAGAUAAAUACAAUCAAUGUACAGAUUGGAUCAAAGCAGCUCAACAUAAAUUUGAUGAAUGUAAUAAGAGCUUAUCCAACACUCCUGAAGGCAUAAGUGCCAAAAGGGAGAGUCUCAAUGAUUUGCUUAGUCAAAGGCGUAAUGCUACGCUGCUUGUAAACAACACUUUUGAAAUGGGAGAGAAAUGUUACCCAUCUACAUCCCUUGAAGGUAAAGAAUUAAUUGAACAACAACUACAUGAUAUCCAACAGGCUAUCGAUAAUCUGUAUGAUAACAUCACUAAAGCAGAAAGAAAUUUGGAUUCCGAACUGAAUAAGUGGUCAUCAUUUGAAGAUAAUCUAAAGUCAGUUCAACAGUGGCUGUCACUGGCUGAAAAGAAUUUGCCUAAAGAAAUUGAACUAAGAGCAACAUUAGAUGAAAAACGAAAUCAACUAAACGUAUACAGAACCUACCUUCAAGAUGCCAUUUCACAUCAACAAGAUAUUAUAAAUUUAGAUGAAAGAGCACAAUCUCUUCCUGAUGUAACUAAAGACAUCACCAAGGAAAUUAGUCAGCUGAAACAGCGACAUGCAUCUAUUCUAUCAAGAGCCAAACAAUUCGUUGAACAAUACGAAGCUAUAGUUAAUAACCAUCAACAGUACACUAAAGCUGUCAUGGACUUGCAAGAGUGGAUAGAAGCCACACAUAAUACAGCAGAACUUUGGGGUGACGUUAACUUGGAACGAGUUGCUCUGAGUAGUAAUUGUGAGAAACUCAAGUCAUUACAGUUAAGUUUACCUGAAGAAAAGAAUAGAAUUGAUAAAAUUCGUUCGUUAGGAGAGAAAGUUUUACCUGGAACGAUAAGCAAUGGACAAGCAAAUAUUAGAAAUCAAAUUGAUGCAUCUCACCAAGAAUGGGAAGGUUUAGUAUCUUACAUCAAUAAGACUAUCGAGUCGCUAGAAAAUAAAAUACAACAAUGGAAUGAGUACGAAAAUAUGAAAGAUCAAUGUUUGACUUGGAUAAGAAAUACAGAUACUCAAAUUCAUGCAGUUGACUUAAAAGCAACAUUACCUGAGAAACUAGAACAAUUCAAUAAAUUCCAGGAAUUGCAAGGUGAGGUUCGGGCCAAAGAACUUGAAAUUGAUAAUAUUACUGAGAAGGCACAAAACCUUUACACCGGUAUUUUGGGGCCUCGUGGUUCUCAAAUAUCUGACUUGUCUGUAAAAUAUCAAAGUCUUUCGCAAAAGGUUAAAGACUUGACUAACAGAUGGCAACAAUACGUAAAAACACACCAAGAGUUUGCAAGUAACGUGGCUGAAUGCUCGCAAUGGAUCGAGGAACUGAGAGAUAAGUUAGAUUUCUGUGCUGACUUGAGCUCUUGCUCCCAGGACGAUUUAGAGACCAAACUAGUACUUAUACAAAACUUACUACUAACUAAAGAUGAAGGUUUUACUAAAGUGCAAACUUUGGUGGAACUAGCUCAAAACGUAAUGGCCAAUACAGCUCCAUCUGGCCACGAAGCAAUAAAUAAUUCUCUUGUAGCAUUACAAGAGCAAUGGUCUGCUUUAUUAUCAAGAAUGAUCGAAACAAAGAGUAUGCUGGAUGAUUCUGUUACUAAAUGGGCUGGAUUCCUCGAACAAAUACAGUUAAUAGACAAAAGUAAUAACUGGCUUGAAAACAUGCUUGCAGAGUUGACUCCAUUUGAAUCAUCAAUACUUGAUAAGAGAGCACAGCUCGAAAAACUUAAAGAAGUUGAAGAAAAAGCUCGCUGUGAUCGAUUAGACGUUGAUACACUAAAAGCAAAAGCUGCAGAAAUGAUUGCUAGUGGGCAACAAAACCAAGCUGCUUCCAGAGCUCAAGAAACCUUGAACAAGUUUGAUACUUUGUAUGAUAAGGUCAAAAAGUUACUUGCUGAUCGUGAAGAACAAUAUAAGGAUCACAGGCUAUAUAAAGAAGCACAUGAUGAACUCAUACAGUGGCUCACAAGAGCAAGAGAAAAGGUUCCAUCGCUGAAAUCGAAACCUUUAAGUGAUAAAUUAGCUAUUGAAAACUCGGUUGCACCUCUUGAAGCUCUUAUUAAUAAACAAGCACAAGGAGAACUACUUCUAGAACACUUACAACAUACCGGUGAAGUUGUUCUUGCAAGUACUUCCCCUGAAGGUCAAACAGUUAUCAAGAAUGAGAUGAAGGCGUUGAAAGAAAGUUUUGAUGAUCUUUUCAAUGAGAUAAAACAGCAGAAGAGUCAAUUAGAAGAUACAGUGAACCAAUGGCGAGAAUACAAAGAUGAAUAUGAGAGAUUGUCUGACUGGUUACAACAAAAAGAAAUCCUCAUCAAAAAUCACAAACUUGCACUUUUAGGCACUGCCAAAGAAAAGGGUGCUCAAGUAAACGAAGUAAAAGAAAUCGUUGACCAAUUGAACAAAGGCAAAGAUGAUAUUGAUAACUUCAAUGCUUCCGCUGCUGGCCUGCUCUCCUCACACCUUGAUACUUAUGUAAAUAAUCAACUAAGACAUCUUAACUCCAGAUAUCAAGUACUAGUAAAUAUGGCCAAUGAUGUUCUUAAAAAAGUUGAAACAAAUUACGAACAACACCAAGCUUAUGAUGAUAACUACGCAAACACCAAAAAAUGGAUUGAUGAUGCUUGGGAAAUUACCCGAAGUGGCAGUGAAGCUGGUAGUAACAGCAGUAAAGAAUGUUUGCAGAAAAGGCUAGAACAAAUUGAAGAUUUACUAAAACGUCGUGAAGAAGGUCAGAACCUUGUACACGCAACCAUAAACAGUGGUGAAAAAGUGUUGAGAAAUACUAGAUCUGAUGGCAAAGACAAAAUUAACACUGAGUUGAAAGAACUACAAAAUGAAUGGGAUCGUCUUGUAAAGAAGAUGACAACAGCAAAGGUUCAUCUCGAAACUGCUAUGCUCCAAUGGGCAGACUAUAGCUCCAGUUACUCACAACUACAACAAUGGAUCUCAGAUAGAGAAGCAAAAUUACAAGAAGUGUGUGAACAAAAGGUCGCCAAGUCCAAAAAGGGCCAAGAUCGCCUUGCUGGUCUUACCACCGGCCUUGGUCUGGGCGAGCGAAAAGCCACGCUCCGUCAAACAAACAAUAUUGUGCAAGAUAUCGUUUCGUUUGAACCUAUGAUUCAGUCUGUAACUUCUAAGGCUUCAGAACUUAUGCAACAGGCUCCAGCAUCUGAAAUUACCACUAAAUAUGAAUCGUUAUCCAAGCAAGCCAAAGAUUUAUAUGAAAAACAGAAAGAGACAGUUGAACAACAUCAAGCAUUUAUCGACGCUGGUUCAGACUUUGUUCAAUGGAUCAGAGCUGCAAAAGAACGACUAGGAAAGUGUUCAGAUGCAACUGGAGAUAAAGAAUCAUUAAGUAGCAAAAUCUCACAACUUAAAGUAUUGGAAAGUGAACUACCUGAAGGUCAAGCAAAGUUGCAAAAAGCGCUUGAGCAGGGUGAAAUAUCCUGUGGUUUAGCCGAUGAUGAUGAUAGAGAAGAUAUAGAGGAAGAAGUCGCUCUUAUGCAAGAAGAAUAUGAUACCUAUGUUGAACAGCUUAAUAACACCAAAGCCCUGAUUGAAGGCGGUAUCGUGAAGUGGACAGAAUAUGAAGAGCAAUACAAGGAAGCCCUAGAUUGGUUGUCGAAGACUGAAAAACUAGUACAAUCAUUUAACAAACUACAAAAUAACUUGGAGCAAAAGAAGGUUGUUCUCGAGGAGUUUCAGGGACAUCUACAAAUGUUAUUUGACUGGCAAGCUGAACUUGACAAACUGAACAUGCGCGCGCAAACUUUAUUAGAAACCUGCGCUGACACAAGGAUAUCUAAUGGCAUCACCCAGCUCACUACCAAGUAUAAUGCUUUGCUGUCCCUGGCCAAGGAAGUCAUGAAGAGGCUGGAACUCCACUACCAAGAACAUCAACAACACAAUGCCCUAUAUGGAGAAUGUCAAGACUGGCUGGAUAGAACUCGGGAAAAGCUCAACCAAUGUGCUGAAAUACCAAAUACGUUACCUGAAGUUAACAGCAAACUUAAUACUGUGAAGCUUUUACGACAGUCACUGGAGCAAGGUCAAAACAAACUGAGGUAUCUUCUGGAACUAAAAGAAAAAGUUAUAAUGAACACAGAGCAAACAGGAGCUGCUAAAAUACAAGAGGACACUGAUAACCUGAAACAAGAGUUUGAUAAAUUAAUAGCAGAUUUGCAAGAUGUAAGGAAUAAGCUUACUAGCAGAGCUGCUCAAUUUGAUGACAUAUCGAAGAUACACAAACUAUUGGUUGAAUGGUUAGAUGACAUCGAUCAAAAGUUACAAUCUGAUGAUUCAUUGAUGAACGACUUAUCGGAAAAGAAAGCAAAACUGGAGAAAUUCAAGACCUUCAACAGAGACAUCGAUUCUCAUAGUGAUCUCGUUAAGAAGCUCAAUGAAAAACUGAAAGAGGAUGGUUCGUUAAAGAAUAAGGAUAUAGAUGAUACUUUGAAACGCUAUGAUAGUAUCAGAAAGACUGUAAAUGAAAUGAUUAGCAAACUGGAAGAUUAUGUCAACUCUCACAUACAAUAUAAAGAGGCAUACGACAACUUCUACGACUGGAUACGCAAUUGCAAGAUUGAAAUACAACAGUGCUCUGACUCACAUGGAGAAAAGGAAGAAGUACAGAAAAAACUUCAAAAAGUCAACAAAAUAACAGAAUCCUUGCCCAAAGGAGAAGAUCUGCUUAAGAAAACUAUCAAACUUAGUGAAGCUGUUUUGACCACAACGAGUAAUGAAGGCAAAGACAGUAUCAACCAAGAAAUUAAACAGUUACAGAUAGAAUGGGAGAACCUUCAGCAAAUAUGCAAAGAUACUAAGAAACUAUUAGAAAAGUGUCUUUCUGCUUGGGCAGAUUUCUUGGAAACUUCAGAUAAAAUGAGCAAAUGGGUAAAAGAUUUCGACAAUAAGCUGAAAGCAGUGCAGAAAGUUGAUAAAAUUACGCCUGAACAUCUUGAAAAGUGCCGAGAACUUUUGACUGAAGCAUUAGGACACAAGCAUGUUUUAGAAGAAUUGAAUGACCGAUGUGAAAAUCUCAUGGAGUUAAGCGCAUGUGCUUGGGUUCGUGAUAAAACAGUCAAUCUGCAGACAGAAUACACUACCUUACUGACCAAAAUUCAAGGUUUGGUUUCUAAUGGCGAAAAGAAUCUAUCAGAUCACACGGAAUUCAUAAAAGCUAAGCAAGAUUUACAGCAAUGGCUUGAAACGGCUCAUGGUACUGUUCAUGACUCCAUUGGAGUUGGUGAUGUUGAUACCACUAAAGAUAAGCUUGAAACUGUUAAAUUGGUUAGCAACCGUAUGACUGAAGGUCACCACCUUUUAGUUGUAUUACAAGAAGCAUUUAAGAAAGCAUUAAAUAAUACCCCACCUGAAGAACAAGAUGGUUUGAGAAAUGAUGUCAAAGUACUUCAAGAAAGCUGGGACCAAUUGAAGAUUGAUCUGAAUUCAAUAACUGCUCAACUUAAAGCAGCCAUAGGAAAGUGGGAUGACUUUGAAGAUUCUAAAAACAAGAUGAAUCAAUGGAUCAAAGAUACUGAACAAAACUUGGAUAAAGUGCCACCUGCAAGUGGUGAACUUGGUGAAAUGAAAACACUCCUUGAAAAAUACAAACAUAUCGAAGAGGAAAUUGACAACAAGAAACCUGAAUUAGAGAGAUUGAAGGGUGAAGCUGCUGAGCUCAGUGGAUGGGCUAAGAAACCUGCAGUAAAAGAAUCAGUCACGGAAAUUGAAAGGAAAUGUAAUGCUCUACGAGCAAAGUGUGCUGCUAAGAAAGCUGAACUAGAAUCUGAUAUCAAAGACUACAAUCAAUAUCACCAGUCACUGCAAGACACAGAAAAGUGGUUACUGCAGAUAUCCUUCCAACUCAUGGCUCACAAUUCACUGUAUAUAUCUAACAGAGAGCAAACUGAGGAACAGCUUGCACAACAUGCUGUGUUAUUAGAUGAUAUUCAGAAAUACAGAACAACUCUUGACGAGUUAGAAGCUAAAGGCAAAGCACAGAUUGAAAGAUAUGAAGCUACUACACCAUCAAUCAAAGACACAGUUGGAAAGCAGCUGAAGAAUGUAAACGAUAGCCACAAGUCUUUAUUAGCUACCGCUCUGCAGAUCGAACGUCGUCUCAGAGAGGGACUCGCGAAAUUCAAAGAAUAUGAAGAUACUCUUGAGAGCAUUCUUAAUAAUCUUGAUGAAUGUGAGCCUGCUAUAACCGAGCUUGAUAUUCCAGUUGAUGGAUUAGCUCACGGCCGUGAAUUACUAGAUAAAGCAAGGUCUCUCCACAACCGCCUGCAAACAGAGAAGAGUCGCCUUUCUGCAGCCGUGGCAGCGUGCUCAGCAGCUGCUGCGUCGGUUUCCCGUCCGUCUUCACCAGCAGACUCAGCCCCAUUGCCAAUUCCACCAAGAGAGCUUCACGUGCGAGCUCGCCUUGAAGACCUAAUUGACCAGACACAUGUCAAUGAUGUAGCCAGUGUACCUCGCAUUCAGUCGAUUUUGAAGAGCGUAGAGGCACCGGAAUUUAAUGAAAAGUUGAUGACUUUUGAACAAAGGGUGCAAAGUCAUUUGGAAACUUUGGGAGAAGCCGUCCAAGGAAUGGAGGACGCAAUGAAGCAAGUGAUUGAAAUCCAAGAAUGGAUCAACAUCCACAAAGCACUGGCUCGAGACUGGCUCGCCAAUCCGUCCAAACUAAGGCCGGAGGCAGCUAAACAAGACAUGGCUGCAAUGAACGAUGCUUUAGUGUCCCUUGCCGAGAAGAGGAACAGGCUUCUGACUGAAAUUCCAACAGAAGGUUUGGAAGAUGAAAUAAGCUUAGAAGAAGAACUGGAUACCUUAGAGGAAGCUAUCCUAAAAGCAAUUGAAAGAGAAAAGGGUAACCAGGCAAUCAUUGAUGAUUUCAGACACAAAUGCCAAGAAAUCCAUGACUUCUUCGAUUCUGUUCUAAAAAAGAUGUGUUUAGCAGAUAAAGGCUCUGGUUUACCUUGUCCACAGAAAUUAAGUGCUUUGAAAGAAUUAUCUUCAGAAUUUGGACAAGCUGGAAAAGAUAAAGUUGAUAAUAUUAAGACAGUGGGAUCAAAAGUUAUCAAUAUCGUUAGUAAUUUGGAAUCGCAACAAGUUGAAGAACAAAUGAAGUCGGUUGAAAGAAGAUAUAAUGACAUUGCGAAAAGAAUUCAACGAAAAUUGCAAAUGCUGGAGAUCACAUACAAAGCUAUUGAUGGUACCAAGAGUGAAGUUGCAGCACAAAAUGAUUGGAUGCAAAAAGAGAUUGAUAACAUACUUCAUCCAGAACCUCUUGGUUAUGAAAGCAAAUCAGUAAAGGAAAGACAAAAGAAGGUAGCUAGUCUGUUGAAAGAAAAUGACGCCAAAAAGACUGUUAUCGAUUCAUUAGAAAAGAAAGUAAGCAAUAUACAAUCAGAACUUGAGCCUUCGGAACAAAUGCAAUUAGAGUCAGAAUUAUCUGAACUGUCAUCUAAGCAAAAACAAUUAGCCACUCUUAUUAAACAAGAAAUUGAAAGGUUAGGUACAUGUGCUGAAGAUAGAAAGAAACUAGAAAACGACAUCGAAAAGGCAAAGAACUGGCUGAAAGUUAAACUGGCUGAAAUUAAAAAAUUAGGCGGUCCCGUCCCAUUGGAAGUUGCUAAAGUUGAAAAGGAAAUUGCCAUUCAUAGAAAACAUCAAGGUGAACUAUCUGAUUUCCAUGACGAUACGCUUACUGAAGUUAUGCGUCGAGGUAACGCUGUAUCUAAAGACUGUUCCAAUGAAGAAAGGGCGAAACUACAGAAUAUAUUAGAAGAAUUGAAUAAGUCAUAUACUAGUGGAAAAGUUGAUAUUGAUGAAAAACUAGCAGCAUUAAACAAGUUAUUACAAGGUAGAAAUGACUUUGAAACAGAAGUUGCAAAAUGCCAGAGCUGGUUGAAUGAGGCGGAAGUAGCAGCAACUCCUGAAUUACGAACAAGCAGUUUGCAGCUGCUAGAAGAACAAUUGGCCAAAUUUGAAAAACUUAGCAAAGAAGCUGAAGAUGUAGAAAAGAACAUCACCAAAAUCAAAGACAAAUCUAAAGAUAUUAUGGACACAUUAUCUGAUUCAAAUAAGCUGCAGCUAAAAGAGCAGGUUAAUAUAUUGUCUGACAGGUUUGCUAGGAUAAAUGCUAUCAUAAAUGACAAGAAGAAUCUUCUACUGAAACAUAUUAAAGAAUACAAAGACGCUGCCGCCAAGAUCGCGGCUGCUCUUGAGUUCUUACAUGAAAUUCAAAAUAAGAUUAAAGCUCUCAAUAAACCGAUUGGCAGUAAAGUCGAAGAUGUUCAGCCAAUUAUUCAAGCAUAUGAAUCUAUUCUCACUGACCUAAAGAAAAAUAAGGCAAUGCUUAACGAAUUACAAGGCAGCAAUUUGCACAAUAUACAGGAUAUCCUUACCCAACAAGAUGACCUAAUGAGCACAAUAGAAGAUCAGAUAUCGAAACUCAAACAACUUCUGUUACUGCGCGAGCAAUUCUUUGCCCUUAUUAAAGAAAUUGAGGAAUUCAUUGCUAAGUACACUGAUCUCACAUCGGAAAUCGAGAAAUCAAAUGACUCCCUUGAAGAUAAAAUCAAACGUUACGAUGACAUUAUUGUUAAGAUACAAGGUUGUGAAGCGUUAUUAGCCACUGCAACUGAUAAAGGUCAACAAAUCGCAGCUGAGGGUACUGUCAUCGAUAGGAAUAAUAUUACUGAACUCUUGCAGUCUCUGAAACAACAGCUUUUGACACUUAGAAGAUCAGUAGAAUCCAAGAGGCAAGAGCAUGAACGCGCAGCAGCAGAACACAAGAAAUUGGCUGCUGAUUUAUCUGAUAUUUUACAAUGGCUUCACGAUAAUGAAGCUGCUGUACAUUCAAGACCUCUACUCAGCAGAGACGUCGCAAGUGUUGACAAAAAACUUAUCGAACAUGUAGCCUUAGCUAAGAAUGUGCAAUCAUAUCUUGAUAAACUUACGAAGAUAACAGAUAUCAUCAAAAAUGAUGAUGGAGUUCCUGGCUCAUUAUUAGAAAUGGUAUCUGAAGCUAACUCUCUAAAGACAUCGCUACCAGAAGAGUUAGGGAACAGAGAAAAGUACUUGCAAGAUAAUAAGAAACUAAGACAACAAUAUAUUCAGUUAGUUGAAAAACUAAACAUCUGGGUUAAUGAGGCUGACAUUAGAUUAAAUAUGGGCAAAAAUGGGACAGAUUUUGAAAACAUAGAGACAGAUCUGGAAGAGCAUAAGUCAUUCUUCAAUACUUCCGAGCCAGAAAUGAAGGAUUUAGUAGGGAAGCGAAUGCAAGAUAUCGUGGACAAAAUAUGGCCUUCAUUGGCGGCAUCAGAACAAGACGAAUUGUCGAAAGAUCAUCAGAAACACAAUCAACUAUUGAAGAAUACGUUGAAUUCGGCGAAAUCGCGCCAGGCACAGUUGGAGCAAGACUUGGAGAUCUGGAAGGACUUCUGUCAAUUGGUGGAGAAAAUCAAGGCUAUUUUAGAGAAAAAUGACGUAAUAGAUGAGCCAGUGAAGUCAGUGGACAACUUGAGGAUGCACCUCGAGAAGUUGAAACACGCCAAGAAUGAUUUGGAGAACCAACAGCCGCUCCUGGAUGUAGUCCGGGAGCGGGCGAGGGAGCUGUGCACGGGAGCUGACGCGGCGAGCGGGGAGAGAGUGGAGCAGAGGACCAGGGAGCUGGGGGAAAGCUGGAACAUCGCCUGCGAAGGUCUAGCAAAGCGCGCAGCGACAGCCGACCAGCAACUUCAGCGUUGGAGUCAGCUCCUGGACGUGCAGAGGAGCCUUGCAGCGUCCAUCACCGCUGCGUCAGACCGACUCAGGCAGCUUGAUGCCAGUGCUAGCACCAGGAGGAAGGCUGUCGACACCAGGCAUGCUUUACAGGAGCUGCAGAGUGAGGUGGAAGGCCUCGAAGACACCAAGGAUGAGUUGUUGGAGCACGCGGACUUCGUCGUGGCACUACUGAGACCACACUCCAAGGAGGCUUCUGAAGAAACGAACAGCACUGUUACAGAGCUGGUAGAAGCUUAUGAGAAAUUGCGAAAGACUAUAGCGGCGAGGCUCGCGGAUAUCGAAAAAGUGGUGUCCGAAUUCGACCGGGUGUCGGAGAAGAUUGACGAGCUCCGGCAACUCAUAGAAGUGUGCAUCGCUAAAGUCAAGACUUUCUACGUGUUUGGCGAGGACGAGAGCGAAGGCGUGCGCGCGCUAGCUAAGGAAGUUUCAGAUUUAGUUGAGCGAACGAAGAAUUUCACUGAGGAAAGUAGGAAGCGAUACGGUGGGUCCGCUCCGGCGGACGUCGCACAGGAGCUCUCUGCGUUGGAAUUAUCUUCAGAAGCAUUAGCAGCAGCGAUGGAGGAGAAAGAAAGGGAAUGGAAGCGUGCGCGAACAGCUCGCUCAGAAUAUGCUAUGGACGUGGAAGAUGUCCAAGCGUGGAUAAGAGCUGCUGAACUCACAGCUAGGGACCGCACGUUACCACCUGAACCAUACAGAGAACGCCUCGUGGCGACCAGAUCUGAAGUGCCAAACAUCGCCGACCGAGUAGAGCGGCUCACACGCAACGCACGAGCUAUUGUUGAAGGCAGCCGUGAUGCUGGAGAAAGACAAUUAGUUCAAUCUACAGUGACCGCGCUUUCAGAACAAUUUACUGCAGUGUACAGUGAAUUGGAAGCGCGACAGGCAGCCGUGGAAGAUGCUUGUGAUGCAGUGACAAGAUUCCUCGCUUUACUGGAGAAAGUUUUACUUUGGGUGGAAACACAACGUGCAUUCCUUGCGCGGCCACUCCCAUUGGCCGACUUGCAGGAGGCGCAACAAAAACAGACUGAAUAUGGGAAUGCGCUCAAGAGUUGCAAACAGCAAGCAAAGAAUCUCGCAGAUAUGGCCAAAGAAAUAGAGGCAAUAGAACGUGUAACUAGUCCUGGGGACUUGCCUUCGAGGCUUGAAGCGGCGGAAAAUGCUACUGUUGAUGUUGAAAAGAAAUUGGCAAAGAUUAAUGGACUACUACAAGAAUUAGCAGAAGAAUGGGAGAGAUGCGAAAAGAAACUGAAGGAUGUCGGUCACUGGUUAGACGCAACAGCAAGAACUUUGGAAACACCUCAAAAUGCGAAAAAGCCGCUCAGAGACCGUCUUGCCUUCAGGGAAAAACUCAUUAAUGAUAUUUCUACUCAAAAAACUAAAAUUUCCUAUGCUGUUGAGAAGUUGAAUGUACACUUUGGUCCGGAUGGCGUGGCGGCGCAAUCCAGAGGACCAGAGGGCGUAGAAGCUGCAGCGAGAGAUCUUACGGUGUCUCUUGACGCGCUUAGCUCCCAAACCGGGGGCCAAGUCCAACAGCUGGCAGCAGCCUUGGCACAAGUCGAGGCGUACUGCACAGACGUCGCUCGGCUUCGAGCGCAACUGCUCGAAGCAGAGCAACAGCUACGACACGCUGCACAACCGAACUACAGCCCUCGCGACCCCGACAGGGCGCAAAGACAGCAACAGGAGGUCACCCGGCGUAUCGAAGAGCUGACUCGGUCUAUCUACGCGUUGGACCCCUACUUCGUGAUGCCGCCGACGUCGGCUGAGGCCGACGACUCCGUGGCCACACUAUCCAUGCUCGUGUCCACGGCUGACCACGCGCGUGCUAACAGGCGCGCGCGCUCGCCCGAGCGUCGAGACCGUAGGAAGCAACCGGCACAGUUGGCUACCUUAUCUGUACCCGACAGACCACCCAGAGCAAAGAGUCCCGCCUGGGUACUUGGAGGAACGACUUACGCCGAGAUAGUCAAAGGCUACGGCUCGAGAUCGAGCUCCAUUGGAUCUAGACAGCCCAGUACUCAUAGACAACCAAGUGCCCAGAGAAGGCAAUAUGAAUUGGAACAGAUAGAAAGAAGUACACCAAUCACAGACGAAAUUAAAUACAGUGAAAAUCUUAAUGUGCAACCUUGUGUUCAGUGUGAACGUGCAGAUGUUGCGUCUUAUGAUAGUGAAGAAUAUAGUGAGCCACGUUUGUGUGAAAACUUCAGUGAAAGUGUACCAUUAAAGGAUGAGGAAAUUUAUUACUCUGAACAAUAUGGACCCGAAGUAACCCAGGAUGUUUAUAUAAUAGAAACACCCAAGCAAUAUCUUGAAGAAAUAGAGCCACUAAAAGUUGAUACCACAGUUACUGAAAAAACUGAAACACAGACACUAAGUAAUUUACUACCUCCAGAAGAAGAAGUAAGAACUUCUAGUCCUGGAGAUAUUACCCGAUCACCAGACCUAUCGUAUGCUGAAAUAUUAGCCCUUGGCUUACGUAAACAGCCAAAAGUUCACAGUAUAAUGUCUUUGCCUAUACCACAAAUUGCACAAGUUCAACUAGUAAAGGAAAUCGUGGUCGAAGUAGAAAAGUCGCCAUCUGUUCAUCAACAUGAAUACACACCAGAUACUACAGAUAAAAUGCGAACUAAACAAGAGAGACCGCCACCUCGCAGUCGUUCAAGAGAUAUGCCUAGGCAACGACGUGCUCCUGAAAAGCGAACAACUAAAUCACACGAUCAACAGGUCAUGAAAAAGAAGAAAAAUUCCAAAAAAGUAAUUGAAGUUCAAGAUUUUGAAGAUAUUACUGAUGUUACACCUAGUAUGGAAACUGGUUCGACAAAAACUGUGUUGUCAAAAUCAGUUCCAAAAGAUACAAACAUAGACAAAACACCUAAAGAGAACUUAAAACAAAUACAACAUAGUUCGACAGUUGUGGAAACUGUUUCUGAGCAUGUAGAUUCGGAUCACAUAUUGGAUGAUAUUGAACAUAAAAAAUUGAAGAAAAAACCAAAGACUAAAAAGCCAAAAUCGGCUGAAGAUGAAAUACAGCAAGCACUUAGAGAAAUAGAAGAAUCUGAAAAACAAAAGAAAAAGAAGUCAAAGGAUCAACCUGAUAAAAAUAAAGACGACUCUAAAAAAAUUACUAUACCAGUUCGUCAAACUUCAGAACAUGAUAUUCUAACUAUAACAACGGAACCAAUAACCAAAACUAAGAAGAUUACAGUAUUAGAUAAAUCGGAAGAUACUUUAAAGAAUGUUACAAAUGAAUUAAUUACGUCAGAAAGCACACUAAAUGUAGAGAAUGUUAAAAAAGAUUCUCAGACUAAACGUAAGAAAAAGAAAACUCAAAAGGAAAUAACGGAUGAAGUGAAAAAAUCUGACAUAACAACUUUUGAGAGUAGUGCUGAAGUAACAAAAAAGCCAAUACCGGAGAAUAUUCUUAUAAAAACCUCUUUUAUUCAAAGAGAAGAACCUCAGAAAGAUUUAAAGACGUCCAUUAAACCAGAAUCUAUAUUAGAUACAAAUAUAACUACAGAAAACUCAAGAGAGUCACUUAUUACAGAUACAGUUACUGAUACAAAUAUACUUCAAAGUAAUGACAAAAUAAUAAACACGAUACACGACAAAAAACAUAAAGAUUCUAAAAAUGAAAUCGAACAAAAUGAAAAUCUUAUUCAAAAAUUAAUUCCUGAAAUCGAUAAAUUUGUGUCAACUGAAACUAUUAUCUGCAGUACAGAUUUAACACCCAUUGAUGAAAAAUCUCUCGUUAAAAGCAAGAAAAAGAAGAAAAAUAAAAAACAGGAAACAGUUUCGGACGAAAAUACAUUUGGAUCAACGACGGAAACAAAUGUAAUCAUACCUACUAUAGAAGAAAUGUCUAACGUAGCACAACACAUUGAAAGAGCUACAAAUCAAUUUAUAAAUCCUGAGACAAAACAAUCAGCUGUAACAAAAAUUGAAAGUACUACGGACAUUGUAAUUAUAGAUGAUAGCAAUGAUAGUAACACGGCUAAAUCUGACAUUUAUGAACUAAAAUUACACGAAGAACAACCUGUUCAAAGUAAAUUGAGUAAAAAGAAAUUAAAAUCUAAGAAAAACAAAGUUGUAGAUGAUGAUAUAGAAAAGGCAUUAAAGGAAAUUGAGCAAUCCGAUCAUACCAAAAAGAAAUUGAAGAGUAAAUUUGAAAAAAAUAAAGAAGUUGCACAAAAAUAUUUAACAUCUGAUAAAGAUGUCGAACAAGAAAUUAUAUCAGAGAAAAGACUACAUGAUUCACCUGAGAAAGAUUUACUGAUAAAAGUGGAUUGGAAUGAUCUCAUAGCAGAAGAGGAAAGUAUCACAUUGCCAAGUUUAGAACCAAUCACAUGUCAGCAAGAAUACGAAGUUAAUAUUGAUACUGCAGUAAAGCAAGCAAGUGAAGUAACUAUUCUAGAAGAAACAAAACAUUUCUUUGACCAAAAAUCUGACAUUGAAAAUAAAAAAAGUGGUGCUAUGGAUACUUGUCAAGAGUUAAUACAAAAUUUAAUUAUCGAAGAUAAAUCACCCGAGUUAUUAAGUAAACAAUCAGAAAUGUGUAUCCAAAGCGUGAAAAACGAAAAUACAGAAGUAGAAAAAAUGCAAUUUAACGAAACGCCAUCUACUAUAUCUAGCCCAUCCAAUGAACAAAACAACAACGAUAAAUUCUUCUCACCUGAUAAGUUAAAAGAAGGUUCAAUCAAUAUUGUAGAACAAGUCACUCGUUAUGAGCCAAUGGAAAAGGACACUGAAACUCGCACAAUUUAUUUGAUUACACACGAAGAAAAGAAAUUGCCACCGAUAAGAACUGUCAAAGUUUUUACAAGUAAAAGUAAUUCUCUAGAAGAUACUAAUUCCCCAGACGAAAGCAUAUCUAAUAUAGUUGAUAAUACAAACGAUAACAAAAUCACUGAUGAAAAGUCUUCCACUAGUAGCCUAGAUAUAGAUAAUUUAUUAACAGCAGAUAAUGCUGUACUUGAAACAACUAUAGAUAAAGUAAGUCUUACGUCUGAGGAACAAAACCAAAUGAAGGAAACCUAUACAAUUACUCUUAAUGAUGAUUUAACUCAUGUAAACACAUACGAAAAAUCCAAAUCAGAGUCACCUACUACAACAAAUGUACUCAAGUUUGAAACAGAUAACAUUUCACAAGACGGAACUCAAGAUAUUUUAUCCGAUGAAUUAAGCACGGUUAUAACUGAAAAUGAAUUCAGUGACAUAAUUGAACAUGCCAUUUUUGGAUCAGUUCAAGAUCGUAGUAAACCAGCGAAAUCUAAAUAUGAUAACAUUCCAUAUAAAGAACUAAAAAAAGAAAUCAAAACGUAUUCAGUUGAUUUAGAUAUGACCCAAUUAGAUGAGAUGUAUUACCAGUAUUACAUACAGAAUCAAAACUAUCAAACUGAAUCUAAUUUGCAAAUGAACAUCCAGGAUCAGACCCAAAUAACAGGUGAAAUAUCUAAAAAUAAUGAAAAUGUUGUAAUGGAUUCAGAUAAUAAUAAAUCAGAAUUAGAAAUAAUCCAACUGUCACCCCAACAAGGAGAGUCUUAUACAACAAAUUAUCAAGAUUCACCAGAGGCUGAACAGUUACUGAUAGACCAUUGUGAACUACCAUCUAGUGAUCCAGUCGAUACAAACAUAACACAACAAUGUGAUUCACUUGAGGGAAAUAUUCAAUCGAUAACUUUAAGUGGCACUAUUACCUCCUCAGAUAGAAUUAUAAAAACGACGUCUACUACUUUCACGCUUGAUUCGGUAUUUCAAGAAUCUCUGCCAGGUGUUGAAAUUUCUGACGCCAAUAGAAUAAUAGCUAAUCAACAAAUAACAGAAAAAUUGCAUGCUGCAGAGUUCCCAUCAUCGCUUGAAAUCGAAGCAAAUAAAAUGAGAGAACCAACUGAAUUAAAAGAAGAUAAUACGAUAUACGAAGUUCCAAGACAUUGUUAUCAAGAAAUCACAGAUGCUGAAAAAAUAUUAGCUUCAACGCAACACUUUGCAAAUGUAGUUACAGAACCACUUGUCAAAAUAGAACCAGAACAAAUUAACAAAUCUGAAAAUAUCCGUGACAACGAGAACGAUAUCGUAAUCUUUGAAACACCUGUUAUUAGUUAUCACGAAUUAAGAGAUGCUGAAGCAUUACUAGGUGCUCAAAAGUUAAAAGAAAUCAGCAUAGAGUUAUCACCGGUCAAAGAUACAUUCGGGAAUCUUAAUGAACAUAAGCCUUUAGACUUAUAUUCUGGCAGUAAUCUGAACGAAUCAUGCCUAAAACUUGUUGAAAAUAAUCUUAACUUACCUAAUGAACAGAUUAUUGAAAAUGUAACACAAACUUUUACUGAUGAGAGCAAAAGCGCACGAAAUUGCAGCUUAAUGUUAUAUGAAUUACCCAAAUAUAACUACCAUGAAAUUAAUGAUGCCGAAAAUGUUUUUGCACGUUCACGGCAUUCGAAUCAAAAAGAAAAACUCACAGAAAAGUAUGAAGUUGAUACAGACGGUAUUUCUCAAGUCGAGCACAAUACAAAUUAUAUUGAAGAACAAGUUAUUUCUACAGAAAUUGAGCAGCCGCCUGUUAACGUUAACGUUACUAUAAUAUCUAGUAAUAUUAUAGAAAAUAAAAAUGAAACGAACUGCCAGAAUUAUCAAGACAACGAAGACAGUGAUAACGCAUUAGCUGAUACAAAAACCACGUAUGAAAAUAUUUCUCUUGAAAAAGAAGAUCUACAAAAAAAUGCUUCUGCAUCGGAAGAAGACGGCGAAAAAUUCUUCAAUCCUGAUUUGAAAAAAGAUAACAUGCCUAUCAUAACUGACGAGGUUGAUUUUACAAAUGUUGAGAAAUUUAAAACAACACAAAAAGUUAUUGAAACUGAUAGUUUAUUUGAAAAAGAACAGAAAAUAAUUGGAAGCUUCUCUUCAGAUUCAGAUACUGACAAUUUCCAAGAUUUGAUUAUUACCCCGGAAAUUGCUACAACUUUAAAUAAAGAUGAAAAUGUGAAUAAACUAGAAUCGUCUGAUGAUGAAUUUGUAUUUGUGGAAAAACCUUUAGAGAAUGAAAUGAGAAACGUUUCGUUUGAAAUUGAUGAUCUAGAUGAUUCGUUAGUACCUGUCAUAUUUGGAAAUGUAAAGGAUAUAAUCAUAUCUGAACAAAAUCAAGAUGACAAUUUCGUUGAAAUUCGUAAUCUAGAGAAUAAUUUGGAAGAAUUUAUCACCAAUGAACAGAAUUCUUCAACAGAAGUUGUGUCUCCUUCUGUGAAGAUGGGUGAUAAUAAACUAACUGAUCAAAUGACUCAUGAGAGUUCAUCCAAUAUUCCUAUUGACCUAGUUGCGGCUGAAAUCAAAAGUGACAUAUCUUUAACGCCUUUAACUAUCUCGGCUAAAUCGGACCGAUUCGAAACUAUUUCAAACCAACAAUGUGAGCUACGCGAUACGCCGACAGACAUUGUUAGGGAAACGAGUGUAGAAUCUUUAGAUAAUUCUACGGAUGUUACUGAUAGUAUAAAUCAGGAGCAAACUGACGUAAAUAAAACUUCUAAAAAUGAUUCUAAUACUUCUCGAGUCGAUAAAUCUCCUAUACAUAGCUUGCAUGAACUACUUCCUGAAAUUGAUUCCAUUCCUGAAUUCAAACCUUCAUAUUCCAACACUGUAAUCUACUCCAAUUUGUCGGCUGAUGCACCAGAAUUCACACCAUCUUAUAUGUAUCAAACUACACAAAGUCCGGUUCCUCAAAAAGAUCCAGCAAGCAGCAGCCGUCCAACAGACACAUUCAUCGCAGAAAACCUUAAUGUAACCGAAGAAAAACAUGGUAUGAUACCAAUGAUCAAAGAUGAAUAUCAAACAACGAAAGUUACAUAUUCAUCUGUUCUAGAAAGUAAAAACGAGAGACAAGAAGAUAGCCAGAUUAAAAUUAUUAACGAAUCUGUUGAUUCCAAUGAAUCAGUAUUUGUGUCAGAAGAUGCAGAAUCUAAACCAAAACGCAUCAAGAAAAAGAAAAAUCAUAAAAAAGACAAUGCACCAAUUGUGACAGAACCUGUAAAAGCAAUUGAGACUCAAAUAUUGAAUGAACCAGUCAAUGAACCAAUCAACGUAUGGAUUCAAGCCGCAGAGGAUGGUAAAUCGUAUGCUGAGGUAGUUGCUGAAGGUUUAACAUUAUCCCAAGAAGCAAAAGAUCAAGAAACAUUAAUUUUAACUGAACUAAGUCCCAAAUUAAUAGAUGUAGCUCAACCUAUUUUACAACAACAUCAAGAACAGCAAGAAAUAAAAGAAAAUUCUCCGGAAAAUCUUAGUAAUAUCGGUUCUUGGGCCAAAAUAGUAGCAUCUCAUCGAUCAUCGCCUGAACAGAUUGAAAAAAUAGAGAUUAAACAAGAAAUAUCACACCCAAAACAUACUCCAAUGAUAUUAGUUGAUAGAACUGAUGAACCAUCUAAAUCUCAAAUGGAAGUUGAUUCUGAAGGCUUUAUUACUGUUGAAAGACAUAGAAGAUCUAGAUCUAGAUCAAGGGAUGAUCGAUCCAGAUCUUUAUCAAAUAUGUCUCAAAGGCAAGAAGUACGGGAAAAAUCUGAGAAUAGAUUUGAUGCACUCUCUAGUUCCAAAUUUGAUAUCAGUUUAGAAACUCAAAUUUCCCGUGACGAGAAACUGGAUGAGGCAGUAGAAUUGUCUAUAAAUCUUGCAACAAAGUCUACAGAAAAGGAAAUCUCUGAUCUUGCGACAAAUGAAGAAAAGCAUCAUAAAAAAGACAAAAAGAAACGCUCUUCUAAAUCUAAAUUAAAAGAAUUAGAUUUAGAUACUGGUGAUUCCAACAAAGAAUUAACACUUGGUAUCGAACCUCCGAAUGAGAGAGAAGAAAAUAUAAAAGAAACAAUCUCACAAGCAGGCCCUCUUGACUCGAAGAAAAAAAGCAAAAAGAAAAAGAAAAAUCAAAAGUCAGAACAUCUUUCUGCCAAUGCGGUUGAAAGUAGUACUGAACCUGAUGAUGUUUCAAAAGAAACAAGCAAUGUCGACGUCAAAGGCAAAGGUGACCUAGCGACUGAAGUUUCUUGUGAGUCAUCUCGCAUUGAUACAGUUGAAACUUCAAUAUCUGAUGACAUACCUAAUAUUUCUAUCACACCACAUUUGCAUGAAGAAGAAGUGGCUACUACAUCCGAUCUUUCAACUUCAGUUAAUACUAAAGAAGAUUUCCCCGUUCAAAUAACUCGAACUGCGGUUACUAAAGAUGACUGCAUUUAUAUUGCAAGCGAGGUUUCAACUCCAGAUUCUCAACAAACACCAAUAAAAGAUAGACUAUUUUCUGAAGCACAAUUUUGGAAAGUUGAUCCUAAUGAUUUAAAAGAUUUGCCCGAUGAUAUUAUGACAAUAGAAAUAUUACACCCCGAACAUACUGAACAAGAUAUUCAAGGAAUAAGUACGAUUACUAAGAAUACAGAUAUUGCAUUUGAAAAGAAAGAUAAUAUCAAAAUAUCCUCAAAAGAGAUUAUCGAUGAAGAAACAAAAGCCAUUACAAAGUCACAAGAAGAUAUGAACAUUCAAAAAGAAAAAGAAUGUCAAGAAGAGUCCCUAGAAGAUCAAAUGGCAGAUUUACAAAGAGAAAUUGAAGAAUUACUACUCCCUGAAAAUGAUUUGUCUUUGGUAAGCGAUGAAAAUCCGAGAGAAUUGGGUGAUAUGCAAACGUCGGCAGAAUAUCAAAAUGAUGAUAACAUGUCGGAUAACAUGUCACCAAUACUUGCAUCCCCUGAGCCAGAACCUUGUGAUUUCUUGGCAGAAAAUCAAACACAAGCACAAGAAAAUAAAUUUCAAGAUGAUGCAUCUAGAGAAACAGAUAAAUUAAAAGAUCUCCAUAUAAAUGAUAAUAUAACAAAACAUUCAUUAGCAGAAACGGUGCCAAAGCAACCUGAAGUUAUAAUACAAUCAUCUAUAUGUAUCGAUAUUGUUAAAGAAAACCAAAAUACGAAUCAAAGUCAAUCUGAAAGUGUAGAAAUUGAAUGUAUCGACCCCACUCUCACAUCUAACAGUGAUUCAUUUACUAACAACUUGUCAAAUUUAAAAACUGAAAACUUUUGGACGGAAAAAUUCUUAACAGACGACGCCGAACGUUUCUUUUACGAAAACAAAUCUGAUGCGAGUAAUCGUGAAACGGAAAUUCUAUCAAAUAACUUUAACGUGAAAGAAAAUAUAAGAAACGACGUCGGCUUUUGGCCUGAUAAACAUUUAUAUCAUGACGCGGAAUGUCGUUAUUUCCUUCUUAUGGCUAACAAACCGAAAACAGUAGAGUCUUCUAAAAUCGAAACGGAAUUUAUAGACCGCGAUGACAAAGAUAAAGAUCCUAGCGGUAGUUCAGGUCAUUCGUCUGAAACUGAGGAAUCGAAAGACAUUAGUGGUUCUCAAUUUGAUUCUAAUUACAUAUCCAUGGAUUUGCCUGGAGGAAUAUGUAGUUGGAAAGAUCACAGCUCAUUCUUGAGCAUAGAAACUCCCCCCGACUCUGUGACUGUGUCGAGUGAGCUUGCUCCACAGUUAGGCGACAUUCGAGAGGAUAUACUAACUACCUUGCCCCUAGAGCCAGUAGCCCCAUCCCAACCUUCACAGGAGCCGGCGAGACGAGAUGAGCCCCCGAGGACAGCCAAGGAUGAGUUAUCUAACGAUAUUGAGAGUCUCCUUGAAGAAGUGAAAAAUAUUCAGACACGCCUCUCGGAUCUGCCUGAUGAGAGUCUACAAGCCAUGGAAGACGGUCUCAGGGAGGGUAUCACGGUGCUAGUCAAGUGUGAAGAAGCAGCAGAUAUCCUGGAGGGUAAGAUCAUGGAGUACCGCCAGGAACCCGAGGUGCAGGCGCUGAUGAAGGAUCUGAUAGCCAUGAAGGCGAGGAUCUCGAAGCUGCUGACCCAAGCGCGACAGGGAAUAGACAUCAUCCAGGUAAGAAAGGACGCAAAGGAAGAGGUAACACGACAGGCUAAAGAAAUAGAAGAACACAAAGAAAAGAUUUCUAAACUGGAUAAAUGGCUUGAAAAUAUCAACGGAGAGUUAAAAGAAUCUACUCAAAAAGCCGACGUGCUGAAUGAAGAUGAUAUAAUCAGAUAUAUAGAGAUUUAUGAAAGAUUUAUAAGAGAAUAUGAAGAUUACGAAAUUAUAUUAAAAUCGAUAACUGUGAUAAGUCAAGAUGAAUCUAGUCAGUCACUACGAGAGAAGCUGAGCGCUAUGCAGAAAGCUUUAGCUGAAACCAAGAGUCUAGUCAUUGUAGAGAUAGAAAGAUUGCGUCAGGUAUUAUUGCAUAUGCGAUCGUUACCUGAACUAGAGCUGAUUGAAGAAGAUGUAUCUCAAACAGACAGAACAAUUGAUUCUACAUCAAUGCCAGAAGAAGUAGUAACACCAAAAGAAACUGUUAAAGAAGAAGUCAAAGUACAAGAAACUGAUCAAAUCCCAAUUUUAGAAGAAACCAAACCAGUGGCAGAAAAAAAUGUUGUUAAAGACGUUGAAAUUCAAGAAGUUAAACCAACUACAACGGUAGAUACGCAAACUGGAAAGAGUUUGUGUUCGAGUACACCAUCUGUUUCUGAUAAAUCAAUAAUAUGUAAAGCAGAUGUAAAAACAACACAUGACGUAUCAAUUACAUGCGCACCACCGCAAGAAAUUGAAGUUCAAACAAGUGAACCACAUUCAGACAAAAAGGAAGUGGUUGAAAGUAUACAAGUAAAGCAAACAAUAUCAGAUGGGCAUGAAACGAUAGAAAUCGCAAGCAGACCUGUAAUCAGGGAGCAAAAACUAGAUGAGCAGUCAUUGCUUGUGAAUGCCAAUUAUCAAGAUGGUAACGAUAUCAAAGAUUCUCAACUAAAUAUUGUACAUAGUCUACCACAGUCUUUUGAAACAAUUAUGACGGAACCAGAUGAGACUACUACUGAAGUUAUUGUUGACGCCGAUGGUACCAAGAGAAUCAUCGUAAGAAAAGUUAGAAAAACUUUGGUCACUAGACAACAAACUGUUCAAACACAACAACAUAGAUCUCAAUUACUUUCCAGUGAUAAUAUUCCACAAGAGCAAUCAUUUUCACAGAUAACCCUACAAGAAGACAAAGGCGAAACAUCUACUACUUUAGACGAUGGUGGUGUUCAACAUAUUCAAUACCAGACUUAUGGUGGUCAAAUAGUAUCUGGAUUACCUGGUCGGGAAAUGACUAUCCAGGAAUUUACUUCCAAACCAGAUAUGAUAAUUAAGAUGGAACAUGGAAUGAAACCAGAAGAAAUUUUACAGUUAACGGAAGGUGAAAUCCAACCUCAAAUUCAAACUUCAUCCUCUAGCGUUACUGCCGUAGUUCAGCAAGUUACAAAGAGAAUAGUCAAGACAAAGCGGCGUAUAAUUCGUCGUGUUGUUAUUAUUGACGGAAAAGAACACGUUACAGAAGAAGUUAUUGAAGAACCAGAUAACAUUGAAGUUUUUGAAGAACAGAUACCAAGGGUAUCAAUUAGCGUGAAAGACCAAGGUGGCGUACACUUUGAGGAAAUUGAUGAUUCAAAAGGAGAUAACAAAGGCGAUCAACCUCCUGCGCUUCCACAUGAUUCUGCUGAGGAUAAAAAGCCUCAAGAAAGAAAAUCAAGUGACGAUAGUCAUAAAUCUCCAGACGAUGAUCAAAAACCGAGUGAUAAACCGGCAGAUGAUUAUAGUCCUGCGACCCAGGAACUUCGAGGUAUGCUAAAGGAAUUCAUGGAAAAAGAAUCUCAGUAUAGUCCGCAAUAUGUAACUAUUAAAGCUGAUGACCGCGAAAAAACCCCUGUUCAGACAAGUACUCAAACUUUCGAGACAUUUUCUGUAGAAGAACCACAAACUUACGAGCAGAUUUAUAGAAUACAAGAACCCCAGGAUAGUCAAAAUAUUUUGAUGGUAGGAGGAGCACAAUACUCAACCCUUGAAUCGUCUUCUAAUGUUGCAACAGUUGUCCAAAAAAUAACUAGGAAAAUAACACGAACUAAAAAACGCAUUAUAAAACACAUUCAGAUUAUUGACGGCAAAGAACACGUCACAGAGGAAGUUAUUGAAGAACCAGAUGACGUUGAAAUAAUUGAAGAAGAACCAAAAGUGACACAUAACAUUCAAACGCAUGGAGUCAAAACAAAACGUGUGAAAAUAGUAAGACAGAUACAAAUUAUAGAUGGUAAAGAACAUGUUACAGAGCAGGUGAUAGAAGAGCCAGAUAAUGAAUACAUCCCUGAAACAACUGUGACUGCAGAAAUUGACCUUAAUAUAAAUAAAGCAGAAUCUUCUAUAAACAAACUUAAUAAAUUUGAUGAGGUAAAAAAUAAUGAAUCAAAACCACCACCAAUAGUUACUAAUAUUGGGCCAACCGAAUUGAACAUUUCUGAUAAGAAAGAUACAUCACUUGUGGACGUAACAAAAGCAUUCCUUGGCAGUGAAACUGAUCAUUCUGAUGACUUAGGUUCACCAGUAAAUAAAAAAAUACAGGAAAUUUCUUCUAUAAAUGAAAUCCUUAUAACUGCGGAACCAUCAAUGGUUAUAGAAACUGCUUCGCCAAUUACUGUCACAAGUGACAUGUUACAGGAUACAAAUAUACUGACUGCUAAAACUAUUACAACACCAACCAUCAAAAAGACAUCAUCUGAAUCUGAAGACAAGACUGUUCCAUCGACUGGGGAGGCAAAAACAGAAAAGGUGCCAUCAGAAUUAUUGCCAAUAAUUGACAUUCCAAAAGAUAUAAUAAAACAACCGCAAGGUUUUGAUAUUCCUACCGUCCCCGUUUCCGAUGAUACGCAAUUACCUCAAGAGCUUUUUGAUAAAGAACAGUUACAAGCAGUUUUAGCCUACGAAACAAUCACAACUCCUGAAACUACGUCAAAAGAAGUACUAGCAGAUGAUAAAAUUUUACAUGUAAAGCCUGAUGAGAAAGACGUAACCACAGUAAAAUCUAUUUUAGAGACAAGUAUACGUGUAACUAAGGAAUCUCCAAAAUUGGAUCAAUAUCAAAUUAGCCAAACACAGCCAGAAACACCUAUAUUAAGUUCAGUUGAAGUUGAACCAUUAAAAAUUGGAACCACUAUCUCAGAAAGUUACGUGAAAAUUGUUCCAGAAUCUCCUAAACUAUCAUAUGUUGAUCAAUUCGAUUCAAAAGCAAUAGGUUCCACUGAAAGCCUGAAUAAUAUAUUAACACCGAUUCAUCCUCAGCCUUCAACUGAUGCAAACAUUAUGCCUACACGUUUUGUUGAAAUAAAGGAAUCUGAUUAUAAUAAAGCUGAUACUAAGAAUGACAUUAAUACCCUUUUAGAAGCUGAACGUCAUGAUACUUAUUUACGUGGAUUUACACCAAGUCCUAAAAAUGAUAGCCAAGAAGCUACAUCAGUACCAGAAAAUCGUUUACAAACAGUCGAUAUGUCUAUGGCUCUCACGAAAACACAUAAAAUAAAAGAAAUUAAACCAGAAGUGCAAUUCGAUAUUAAAGUUGAAAGAUUUGAUGCAGAACCUGUUAUUGUUAAAAAAGACGUUACUGUGAAUCUACCACUGGAUGUAAAAAUCACUGAAGAACACGUCGGUACUCCUGGUGCAUAUUUAAUCGAAGAAGGCCAAUCAGUCACAAGUAAAUUAAUACCAGAUGAAUCUAUUAAAGAAAAGAAACGAAGUAAGAAGAGAAAGAAGAAUAAACGUGGAUCAGAAGAUAGUGAUUCUAUAUCGAUUGAAUUACCUGUGGAGACAGAAAAAGUCAAAACUGACAGUUGCAUUGAUACUUCAACAGUAGCAGAAAAACCUUUACAAACAGUUGAUAUAUCUAUGUCUCUGACCAAAACACGCGAAGUGAAGGAAAUUAAACCCAAAGUACAAUUCGAUAUCAAAGUUGAAGGUGUUGAAUCAGAAUCUACAGUUGUCAAGAAAGAUAUAACUGUCAAUUUACCAUUGGAUGUAAAAAUUACAGAAGAAUACAUCCAUAUACCUGCUGCAGGUCUUGUCGAAAAAGAACAGCCAGCAAUAAUAAAUGAAACAGUUACAGAUGAACCUGUAAAAGAACAUAAACUAAAAGAAACACCAUUAGAAACCGAUAAAAGUCUAACUGAAAGUGAAAGUACAUCUCUUAGUCACUACAUAGAGUUACCAACAACCCCAACCAUUGAAUCGCCUAAACCAACUCAAGAAAUUUUGGAACCGUCAGAUGAAACAUCAAAACUAGAACUGCAACCGGAAUCUCCAAUUAAUGAAUCUGAAGCUAUCACUGAAGAGAUUGGUUAUGAACCUGAAGAUAUAUCUUUGGGUCCAAUAGAUACUCCUGAUAAACGAAAAAGGCAAAAGAGACGCAAACAGCAAGUAAGUGAAGAAACUACUUAUCCUAAAUUAAGCACUACUGAUUCUGAUGAAACAUCAUUAUCAUCAUCAAAAGAAACUGCCGAGCCAACUACGGAAAAGAAACCAAAAGUUAAAAAACGGAACAAAAAGACAAAACCAGGAACUAGUAUAGACUCUGAUAUAGAUAAUAAACCUGAGGAGAAACCUGGAACAACAAAUGUGGGUAGUGAAAUAGUAGAGACAUCACCAAAAGAAGAGUCUUAUCACACUAUGAGUGAAGUGUCAGAUAGCGGUACUGUAAAAGUAAUUGAGGAAUGUGUACAAAGUAGUCCAGAAGUACUGCAAAAGGAAGUUUCAACAACUAUAACUUAUCCAGUUCCUGUAGUAGAACAAAUUACAAUGCAGGAAUAUUCAGUUCAAACAUCGCCUGAAGUUUCUUUUGAACAUGAAAAAGAAGAGAUUGAAAGGCCUGAAACAGUUGAUAUAGUUCAGCAAACAUCUCCAACUCCGUUAAGUGAGUCUUUAGUCCAAACUACACCUGUGGAAGAUAAAGAAGCUCAUACUCAAACAAACGAGGAUGUAACUAUUGUAGAAAAAGUUCCAAUGUCUGAUUCAGAAAUACAGACUAGUAGAACUGACACUCCUGAAGUAUUACAGGCAGAAGUUACUACUCAAGUAAUUGCCUCUGAUAUAGCUGUACCAGAAGAAAAAUACUCUCAGACGUCUUCACCAAUCGAGGAACCAAAACUUGAUGAAAAUAUUGAAGAUAUACUUCCGAUUGUUACUGAAUGUAGAGAAAUACAAACAUCUCCUUUGCUGCCAGUUCAAAAAGAUGAAAAGAGCACCGAAAUUGUUAUUGAGACGAGUGAUACUGAUAUUCAAACUAUUGAAAGAGAAAUAAUUGAUCAAGAGACUUCAACGUCACCAAUCAAAGACAAGGAGUUGACAGAAAUGAGCAUGCAAACACCUGAAGUACCUUUAGUAAGUAGUUUCACACAAUCUGAUGAACUAAAACCAGAGGAGAAGGUUGAUGAGAAAAUAACGGUAGUUACCAUAGAAAGUGGCCAACAAACAUCGCCUGCUGAAUCACCUGAAGAGUCAUUGAAGUUAGAAUUGAGCAAACCGGAAGUUGUCGACUGUAUGCAACAAACUUCUCCAAGAAUUGAAGAAACUGAACAGGAGCCUAUGGAAGCUAUCAAAACGGAAGUCAUUGAUAGCACACAACAAACUUCGCCUAGGGAAGACCUUGUGGAAAAACAACAAAUAUCCGAAGUAAUACCGAUCAAAACUGAAGUUGUAACUAUUGACACAACACAACAAACCUCUCCGAGAGAAGUAGUAGCCAAAGCAAUAUCACCAGAUUUGGAGCUUAUUAGAACAGAAAUUAUUACAGUUGAUAAUACCCAACAGACAUCGCCCAGAGAAGAAAAGCCUAAAACACCCGAAAGCGAAUCCAUCAAGACUGAUAUUGUUACUGUAGAUAGUGUACAGCAAACUACGCCAAGGGACCAUUCAAUACCAUCAGCACCACGGCCGUCAAUACCUAUGCUUGAGUUAAUUAAAAGUGAAGUCUUGACUGUCGAUUCUACCCAGCAAACGACUCCAAGAGACUAUUCUGAGGAUUCUAUAUCAACGUCCACAGAUGAACCAUAUGAAGUUCAUUUGAGAGCUCAAAUUUCAAUCCCUCAGACUACUGACGAUUUCAUUGCUAGUGAACGUAAUGAACAAGAAAAGUUGCAAUCAAUUAUAGGUGAAAAACAUAAACAAAAACGUAAAAAACAUAAAAAGAAAAUUGAAUCACCAACUAUGCAUUCACCUGAAAGUUUGUCCGAUCCAAUAACGACAGAACUUUCAAUGUCUAUCACACCAACCAGUGAUGAUUUAUCAAGUAAAGAUCCUUCAUCGAUUGACGAAGGAAUUUCCCAAAUGGUCAGCCCAGUAGUUCCAAAAAGAUCUGGAAAUAAUAUUCCUCAUCAACCGAAACUUACAUAUUCUGAUGUAGUUCAAAGAUCGAAAUCGAAAUCUCCAUCGCCAAGUAAAAUUACAGCACAUAAAUCUGAAAAAACUAGAUUGCUUGAUGCUAUCGAAAAACGAACCCAAUCAGUGAAUGAUCCUCCACAGCAAGUUAGUGAUAGCUCAAUGGCGCUAGUGUUAUAUGAACCAGGUGUAGAAAAAUCAUAUGACUUAAUCGUAAAUAAAGAAAUUGAUGAAUUAAGAGGAGCUGCAGAAAAUAAUGAUUCAUCUAGAGUAGAAAGAAGUGUUAUCGUAGUAAUAGAAACGAUUUCCAUUUGGUUAGAAGAAAUACAAUAUAGGAUUCAAAGAGAAACAGCAAGUGGUAUUAAAGAAGAAAUCUCAGAUGAAAAUGAACGCCUAAUAUCAAUACAAAACUAUAUUCGAAAUCUUAAAGAAAUUAUAGAAGUAACUGAAGUAAACGAAGAAAUAAUUACUCUCAUUGAAACAUUAACACAUCAAGUAAACGCAGUCAAUACACUCAAUGAACAAAGUUCAACUAAAGUACAGGAGAGCGAGUAUGAAUGGAAUAAAUUUAUAGAUGAAACGGAAAAACUAAAGCAAUGUGUUGAUCAAGUGAAAUCCAAACUUGAUGAUAUUAUAUUGUCGGAUAUUUCAUCACAACAAAAGCUUGACAAACUUGACAAAAUAGAAUUAAGUAACAGUGACAAUUCCGAUAAUGUUAAGAAACUUUUCCGACGGUAUAAAGUUUUUGUCGAAAACAAUCCCAAACGAGAAUGCCCUGAAAAUCUUUAUGCUAGUGAAGAUGACACCAAACAUAUUGAAAAUGUCAUAAAUACAGAAAGAGAUCGACUUUUGCAACUAACUUCAUUAGUUGAAGAAUAUGAACAAACAUUACAAGACUUUGGACAAAUUACCGAUGUCGCUGAAGCUUUACUUGAUGGAAAAAUAAUCGUAUCGAACUUAGAUCACCUACAUGAGGAAAUUCAAAAACACAGAAAGUUCUUUGUUAAUCUUAGUCAUUGUAGAGCAAUACUUGAGUCUCUAGAAGAUAACUUGGAUAGCGAGACUAAAUCAAAAUAUUCCUCACUACAUAAUUCAUUACAUGAUAGAGCUACUUUGAUUAUUGACCGAGCUGCUAGUAGAGCCCAACAGAUGACCUUAGCAGCUUCAAAAUGGACAACGUUAGAGCAAGGAAUGAAAGCUGAAAAGCAAUGGCUGGUUGUAGCUCAACAAAGAGUUCCCGAUCUUACUAAUGUAACUUCAAUGGACCAUGAACAAUACAUCAACUUGUAUCAAUCACUAACUCUUGACGUGUCUCACCACUACGCUAAGAUGCUACGCCUUCUGUCAAUAACUGAAAGCCUACAAAACCUCAUAAUUUGUUCUGGCCUCGAAACCGAGUGUUCUGUUGCUUUAGACACUCUUUUGAAACUCCAAGAAGAUGUAGACUCCAAAUUAACUAGGCUGACUGCUUUCAAAGAAAACUGGAUAAUGUACGACCACCUCAUUGAUAGAAUUGAAAGUUGGAUAAGGUUGGCUAACCGAGAAUUAGAAAUAAUCACCCCUGAAAAUACAUCGACUUCUGGACAUCUUCGCCGUUUCUGGGAACUAAAAGCUCAGCACGAAGUCCACAAUAACCUCAAAAAUGAAUCUGGAGUGCAAUUCGAAAAGGCUCUAGAAAUCCUCCCUAUAUCCGAUGAAAUGGUGCAACGACAAUUCUUCUCUAAAAUUGAAGAUAAGUGGCGUGACUUGGCGGCUAAAAUAGACGUCAUCCAUGUAACAGCUAUUCAGAAUAUUUCUGAUCGUGAUGUCACGUCUGGUGAGAAGCUGAAUAUCUUAGAAGAAGAGAUAAGAGAACUGCGUGCGUCUUUAGAUGGUCUUAAGGGAGUGAUCAAGAGUGAAGAUGAACUAAAUCUUUAUAUAGAAAGACUGCAAGUAAUGACAGGUCGCAUGGAUAGGAUACAAAAUGAACUAGGCAGACUAAGCCUGCUGCCAACAGCUGAAUCAGAGCGUUUAGGUGCUCUACUCACCCAGUCUGGAAUACUCGAUGAUCAGAUUUCUGAAGAACUAGAAAGAAGUUUAUUAUUGAAGGAAAAGAUCGUUCAAGUUCAAGCUGGUAUAAUUCGUUGCCAAAAGAGCCAGAGACGCGCUCGUCUCACAUUAGAAGAAUGCGAAUCAGCUGAGCGUCUUGGCAGCGAUGUUGUAGAAAGGGCAUCAGAAAAUUGCGAGAGAUUAUUAGAAGACCUAGCAUCGCAAUGGAGGGAUAUUCUGGCGUUGAGACAAGCUUUACAUACAUUACCUACUAGUUUGCGAGUUUGUGUAUCACCAACUGGCGUUGAGAGGGAUAUAUCGGCACUUCAGGAAACACAUGCGGACCUGGAAGUGGCUUGCAAUGACCUGAGCGCUAGACUUCGCGCCAAGGUCCAACUGUGGAGACGAUUCGAGAGGCAGCUGGAAUUGGUGCAAGGUGCUGUAAGAGAGGCAGAAUACAUGGUGGAGCUCCUUACAGUUCAAGGGCAGGUCGAUUACGACCGCUUGCUGAAGGCCACGGAGAAACUAGAGACGCUCAGUGAGUCCCUAUCCCGGCGAAGCGGAGAACUGGUGGGUGAACUUAAGGACGCGGCAGCACCGUUGGAAGCGUCUACGGAACCCACAGUAGCCGCUCAGUUGCGGAGAGAGCUGGACGACGCCGCUGCAGCAUAUGAACAUACUUGCAGCAACCUUACUCAACUGUGUGAUAAAUACCACAAAGCAGUGGAGUUGUGGAAAAGGUACCGUGACGCGGCAGCCGCUGUAAGAACCUUCGCGGAGUUCAUGGAGGGCCGGCUGCACUCCCUGAGACCUGAUGAUGCACCGGCUACCGCUCAGGCAUGUCUCGAACAAGAAUCAAGGGUGGCAGAGUUACGCUCGCUCGCCGCCAGGGUGGCUGCCGAGACGGGGUCCAGGGCUCUCCAAUCAGAUGCCGACGCGUUAGCGAGGAGGCUGCAACUAGUCGCAGGCGCAGUGCAGGUGUUAGCAGACCUGGGUGAAGCGAGACAGCUGGCCAGAGCUAAAGCCUUACAUGCGAAGGAGAAAUUCUGUGAUAUGAGACAGGAUUUGGCACCCUUACAUGAAGAUGGUGAAAUUGUUGAAGACAAACUUAUAGCGUUACGUGACAAUUUGAUAGCACUGGGUAAAAGCGAAGCAGACAUAGCACCAGGGAAGGCUGAAUUGCCAGAAAUAGAUCGCGAUAUUUCCGACGAACAUUCUAUAGUCAGAAUACUCGAGCUAUGGCAAGCUAUGUUCAGGGAUACGUUCUUACACUACCAUCGAUUAUCUACUGCCCUAGUGCGGUCCGGAGACGCUGCAACAGCUCUCAAGCUUUGGCACGAAUACCUUCUAGAUCUGCAGUCGUUCUUAUCUGGCUCGGUACCGGCUGAUUAUGAAAACCUCACAGAACAUCGCCGGUUGUGCAGGGUACAUAGAAAUCUUCUCACAUCACAACGAUCAGUACUCAUAAAUGAAAAUAGGGACUUGAGGAAUCGGGAAUUAUCAGACAGAUUCGAUAUGAUGACAAAUCUGCACAAUGAAACCCUCGCACGAAUUGUUGAAAGACACGACGAAGUAUGCACACGAAUUGCCGCUUGGGAUGACUACAGAGAAAUAAAUACAGAACUACUACGCUGGCUAAAAGAAAUGGAACAAGAAAAAGAAAAACUGCAGCUUCGAUAUGUCCAUAUGAAGACUAUACAUAAAAUACUUGCUAAAAUACAGAAUCUCUCAGACAAAGUACCUGAAGGAAGAAAACAAUCAGAGAAACUUCUUAUAAAUCUCAAGAAAGUGCUCGAAUUCACUGAAGAAACAUACGGAGCUUCGGUGAGGAUCGAGUAUGCUGGACUUGUAAAGAGGGUAGAUAAUCUGCAAGCCAGCCUUGAUACAUGGCGAGAUUUCUUAAGUAGAAUAUUAGCUCUCAUUAGUGAAUAUGAAACUUUUACCAAUGAUUUAAAUAAAUUGUUCUCUAAAACUCAAAACGAGAUCAAUUCUUAUUCCGACGAACAACGUCUUUCAAGACCCCAACUUAAGAAGGCUAUCGACAAAUAUAUUGAACUUAAAAAGAAGAUCGAAAAGACAGAAAUUCAAUUAGAAGCAUUAAGUGUUAUUCAAGAACAACUAAAGGAAUGUCUAAGCCCUCAAGAUAUAAGGAUAGUUAACCAAAGAAUAUGGCAACUCCGCCAACAGAGAGCAGAUUUAGAGCAUCAGUUGUCAAUCAUUAUCCAUCGAUUGCAAGAACGCCUCGAAGUUUAUACAAUAUUCGAUUCACGUUUGACACGUUUUGCCGAAUGGAUGACAACUCUGGAAUCGAAGCUUGAAAUUUCUAGUCAAAAUGGUGAAGUUGGAGCUCUUGAUCCGCAAGACCUGAUCAGAAGAAUCAACUCCGAUGUACAAGCUGAAACUUCUCUUAAAGAACGUGAGUUCGAGUGGCUUAUAGAAACAGGCAGCGCUCUUAUAGACUUAUCCAAGAAAGAUGAAAAAUCCUAUAGCAAAAAUACCUCUAAACAGCUAAAGGAUGUUCAAGAGCGCUGGCACAAAUUACAAGAGACUGGAAGAAGUAGAAUUGCAAAGAUCAACGAAUUACUUGAAACGAUAACACAACUAGAAGAAAGACUUACAGAAAUCAGAUUAAAAUUACAUACUAUCGAAUCACAGCUAUCAACUACAGUGGUCCUCGAAUAUUUGACGUCUAAAGCUGUUGAUGAAAAAUUCAAAGAUCGCGAUGACAUUCAAAAGAAUAUCGAAAGUGAAAGUAGUGAAGUAGGAGAAACACUAAACUACUGCCAACUCAUAUUUAAUGACCCUGACGUUCUAAAAGCAAACUUUGAUUUAAGAAACUUAAAAACUGGUGUUGAUAUCAUUGAAAAGAAAUGGAAGAAUAUUUGUGACAUGUCCGAACAUCGUAAGAACUCUCUCAAAGAAAUUCGCAAGUCAGCCGAGCUGGCCAACUCUUUGCUGCCUAAAGUAGAGAAAAGACUAGAUUCAAUUGAAAAACGUGUGGAAAAGAUCGAAACGCGUAAACAACGUGGCGAGCCAGAAGAUGAGAGCGUUACUAAAUCAGUUCUAAAAGAUUUAGACGCCUUAGAAAGCGAUAUCAAGAAAUUAGAAGAUGCGUAUAGUCGUGUGGCUUCGACAAGAGGAAUAGAGUUGCGCGGUGCCGGCGCAGAUGAUGCAGCACGGUUGAGAAGUGCUGUGCGUCGUUGGCAGCAAUUGAGAGUCCGUGUGGACGCCGCGGGAGCUGACGCCCAUAGACAGUUUGUAGCUGCCCAUGGGAAGGCAGUCGUUGCGUUGGCAGAAGCUGAUGUGCGGCUAACUCGAGCAUUGCAUCUUGCACCAACACCGCAAGAUAAAACAGCCACUCUUCAAGAGUUAGAUGGUGUCGAACAAGAACUUCAUGAAUGCUCAGCACUCGUAGAGGAUGCAGAUCGUCUAUCAGUGGCAGUGUCCACGGUCUCCGGUGUGCCAGACAUGGUGGCCGAGUACCGUGCUCUCUACGCUGAUGUCAAAACGCGCCUCGACUUGGCCAGGGCCGAUGUCGUUGGUGACGUUGCUGUUCAGGUUGACACUCUAACGUGGGAGACAGACGUAGCCCUACAAGUAGAUACAUUGACAUCAAAAGAAACAUAUAGAGUAGAACUAGCAUCUGCUGUUAGAGAGGCGUCAGAUGCAUUGGAAGCAUUAAGAACGGCUUUACUACAACAGCCGAAAGACAACGCUAGUGGCGAUGAACUGGCAACAGCGGCGAAGGAAAUCGCCAAGGCUGGAGCCAAACCAGGACAAACGUUAGAACUAGCCAAGCAUUUAUCUGAACUACUUUUAACCGAAUGUGACGCAACGGAAGACGAAGCUAUGCUCAAAGAUGUUGAGUCACUCUCGAUGAGAUAUGAAGAUCUGUUAGCACAAGCCAAGAAGCGAGAAUUGCAGAUAAAUAACUUGAGGUUACCCCACUCGGCAUCAUACGCGCUCACGUGCGAACACGAGGCUGGUCGCCUCACCUGCCCUCUGUGCUCGGAGCGCAACUGGAAGCAACUGGACAACGACUUGUGGAGACUGGAGCAAUGGCUGCAGUUCGCAGAGGCCACGCAAGCGUCCAGGACCGACCCGCCUGAGCAGUAUGACGCGUUGGAAGAUGCCAUACAGGACCACCGUGAGUUCCUUCUCGAUCUGGACUCGCACAAAUCCAUCGUGGUAUCACUGAACGUGGUCGGCAGCCAUGUGGCUCAGCACGCGGACUCGCCGGCCAGGGCGGACAAGGUCCGCGCUCGCCUGGCCGCGGCCAACGCGAGGUGGGACGCCGCUUGCGAACACGCCGGCGCUUGGCAGAAGAGGCUGCAGAGGGCGCUGGUGCAUAACCAACAGUUCCAUGACAUCGUGGUCGAGCUAGUGGCUCGCCUGGCGUCAGCCGAGCGAGGAGUGCGCUCAAGAGAACCGCUGCGGCUCACGCGGCCGGCGGAGGAGCUGCAGAGAGACUUCCGGAGGUUCAGCGAGCUGCGGGACGAGCUCACCCGAGCGGAGCCGAGAGUGCUCGCGCUGCACGAGUCAGCGCAAUUGUUGAGGUCUGGCGACGCGCCUGCGCAUGCCGAUGAUAUUUGUCGAAGACUGGGCGAGCUGCGCUUGCGGCUGCAGUCGCUGCGCAAGCUGUCGGGCGUGUACGCGCUCAAGCUGGGCGCAGCGCUGGCGCGGCGGCCCGCGCGCGCCUCCGCGCUCGCCGCCAUCGCCUCCGCCUCCGCCCCCAUGCUUAUGGAGGACGAAGAAGAACAAAUAUCGACAUCCCACCUGCCGCCCCUCGACGAAAAUGUCGUGGUUUUAACUGAAGAGACAGAAGAUCAGGAACUAAGCAGACUCCAAAGGGGUUUGCGCUUCGUGUGCCGAGUGGCGAAAGCCUCAAUACCCUUCCAGGCGCUGUUGCUCCUUCUCCUCGGAGCCGCAGCACUGGCCCCCCACGCACACUCGGACUGCCGAUCCUCCGGACUCGCCCUCGAGCCAGUCCUGAGAUACCCUGAAGGCCCCCCGCCGCUCUGAUUGAAAAAGCGAAAAUGAACGAUCAAAAGUCGAAAAAAAAACAAAAAAAAAACGUCAACUCCCCCUCUGAGUUGAUCUAUUAACUGGCUGGCAAAAAGCUAGUUCAGUUUUGAAAAUAGAAUUGUCGCCUUUUGAUCAGAAGCCGAAUCAACUCGUAUGAGUCGAUCAACUGUAACUGGCACGCAUAAAAAAAGCUAGUGACAGUUUUAAAAAUAAAAUGGCCGCUUUUGAUCAGCGCAUGCGAUUUCGGCACUGCUUUUGACUAAAACGCGGUGCGCGAGAGCGUAUAAUAAUGACAUUCCAAUAAUGGUGCUUCUGAAACGCGAUCGCCGCCGCAUGUAUAUAAUUGUAUCCUUGAAGUUUUGUAUAUUUGUUACGUUGAUUAUUUAAAAAUAUUAAUAAAAGACAUGCUUGAGCCCGCGGCGGCGGACGCGUUAACGCGCCAACCGAUCGAAUAUUAUUAUUAUUUAUUAUAUUUAUAUAUCAAAUGGAAAUAAUCGUGUAUUUAAAUAUGGCGCCGCACAAAACGGCUUGCGAAUUGCAUUCACGCAUUGUUACUUAACUGUUAGAUAUUAAGGACUGUUUAUAAAAGUCAAAUAAAGCCUUUGCAUUGAUUGAA